UGCCAGGCUGCACACUGCCCCUCCUCUCUCCAGAUGAAGCAAUUACUGUCUGAGCAGAGGAAAAGGAUGGAGGGGGCUGCCAGGUGAGGAGGAGGAGGACAGCCUGAGUGUCUCUCCAUGCCCCACCACCUAGUCCACUGCUGCUGGGGGGCCCACUGAGGGGCUUUCAGGAACACCCAGCCCAGGGCUUGCCAGAAAGAUCUGCCCUCUCCAUCCUGGUGUUACUGGACCUCUCUAUCUGCUGACCUAAUGCUUUGCUCCCACACCAGGCUGCUAACAGGAAGAUGCCAGCUAGAAGCCCAAGGAUAGAGAAGUAAGUGUGUGACCCCAUCUCCCUCCCAGGGGGGCUGCCUUGCUGUGGCCCCAAAUGUUGGGAGCCAGGGAUGUGCUGGUAGCUGGAUUUGCAGGGAUGGUGGAGAAGCUUUACUGCAGUGCAGCAAACGGCGAGCAGCUCCCCAGGAUGAUGUCAUCUCCACCCAUGGGUGGCACGGCUGGCUGGGAGGGAGUAUGGCAGACUGAGGGUUGUGGGAGUUGCAAUCCAGCCACAUCUGGAAAGAAUGACGGGCAGGCUGGAUUUGCUCGCUAGUUGUAUUAAUGCCAUGCAUGUAGAGCUUUCUUAACCCUGUGGUGGCUGGGGAGAAUCCUUGCUUGGAUUUUGGAAGGGGGUGGGGGAAGUGUGCAGGUGUUUUUUUUGUUUUGUUUUUUUUUCUGCUGAGCCGAAGAGCUCACUAUCGAUUGGCAGGGAAUAUGCAAUGCAAGUCCCAAUCGUUUGCUGUUUUAGACAUUUUAGGCUCUGUAUAUCCUGUGUGUUUGUUGUUUGUAUCGAUAUAUUAGCAGUUAUUCACCUAUGUAGAUCAGAGCUCCCAGAAACACCAUAUCCACAAUGUAUGAUCUGAGCUGAUUAAACCUUAUACGGAAUCCCUGUCCGUCUGUCAGUGAUACAGAUUUCACAUGGUACCAAUAUAUCAUGUCUGCAGAUAUAUUGUAACAUUAUAUCCUACAGAUAGCCAUUAACAUUAACAUUAUAUCUACAGAUAGCCAUUAACAUUAUAUCCUACAGAUAGCCCAUAACAUUAACAUGAUAUCCUACAGAUAGCCCAUAACAUUAACAUUAUAUCUACAGAUAGCCCAUAGUAUUAACAUGAUAUCCUACAGAUAGCCCAUAGUAUUAACAUGAUAUCCUACAGAUAGCCCAUAGAUAGCCCAUUUAACAUGAUAUCCUACAGAUAGCCCAUAGUAUUAACAUGAUAUCCUACAGAUAGCCCGUAAUAUUAACAUUAUAUCCUACAGAUAGCCCAUAGUAUUAACAUGAUAUCAUACAGAUAGCCCAUAGUAUUAACAUUAUAUCUACAGAUAGCCCAUAGUAUUAACAUGAUAUCCUACAGAUAGCCCAUAGUAUUAACAUGAUAUCUACAGAUAGCCCAUAGUAUUAACAUUAUAUCUACAGAUAGCCCGUAGUAUUAACAUGAUAUCCUACAGAUAGCCCAUAGUAUUAACAUGAUAUCCUACAGAUAGCCCAUAGUAUUAACAUGAUAUCCUACAGAUAGCCCGUAAUAUUAACAUUAUAUCCUACAGAUAGCCCAUAGUAUUAACAUGAUAUCCUACAGAUAGCCCAUAGUAUUAACAUUAUAUCUACAGGUAGCCCAUAGUAUUAACAUUAUAUCUACAGAUAGCCCAUAGUAUUAACAUUAUAUCUACAGAUAGCCCAUAGUAUUAACAUUAUAUCCUACAGAUAGCCCAUAGUAUUAACAUUAUAUCCUACAGAUAGCCCAUAGUAUUAACAUUAUAUCUACAGGUAGCCCAUAGUAUUAACAUUAUAUCUACAGAUAGCCCAUAGUAUUAACAUUAUAUCUACAGAUAGCCCGUAGUAUUACCAUUAUAUCCUACAGAUAGCCCAUAGUAUUAACAUGAUAUCCUACAGAUAGCCCAUAGUAUUAACAUUAUAUCCUACAGAUAGCCCAUAGUAUUAACAUUAUAUCCUACAGAUAGCCCAUAGUAUUAACAUUAUAUCUACAGAUAGCCCGUAGUAUUAACAUGAUAUCUACAGGUAGCCCAUAGUAUUAACAUUAUAUCUACAGAUAGUCCAUAGUAUUAACAUUAUAUCCUACAGAUAGCCCAUAGUAUUAACAUUAUAUCCUACAUAUAGCCCAUAGUAUUAACAUUAUAUCUACAGAUAGCCCGUAGUAUUAACAUUAUAUCCUACAGAUAGCCCAUAGUAUUAACAUUAUAUCUACAGAUAGCCCAUAGUAUUAACAUUAUAUCUACAGAUAGCCCGUAGUAUUAACAUGAUAUCUACAGGUAGCCCAUAGUAUUAACAUUAUAUCCUACAGAUAGCCCAUAGUAUUAACAUUAUAUCCUACAGAUAGCCCGUAGUAUUAACAUGAUAUCAUACAGAUAGCCCAUAGUAUUAACAUGAUAUCCUACAGGUAGCCCAUAGUAUUAACAUUAUAUCUACAGAUAGCCCAUAGUAUUAACAUUAUAUCUACAGAUAGCCCGUAGUAUUAACAUGAUAUCUACAGAUAGCCCAUAGUAUUAACAUUAUAUCCUACAUAUAGCCCAUAGUAUUAACAUUAUAUCCUACAGAUAGCCCAUAGUAUUAACAUGAUAUCCUACAGAUAGCCCAUAGUAUUAACAUGAUAUCCUACAGAUAGCCCAUAGUAUUAACAUUAUAUCCUACAGAUAGCCCAUAGUAUUAACAUUAUAUCCUACAGAUAGCCCAUAGUAUUAACAUUAUAUCCUACAGAUAGCCCAUAGUAUUAACAUGAUAUCCUACAGAUAGCCCAUAGUAUUAACAUUAUAUCCUACAGAUAGCCCGUAAUAUUAACAUUAUAUCCUACAGAUAGCCCAUAGUAUUAACAUGAUAUCCUACAGAUAGCCCAUAGUAUUAACAUUAUAUCCUACAGAUAGCCCAUAGUAUUAACAUUAUAUCCUACAGAUAGCCCAUAGUAUUAACAUUAUAUCUACAGGUAGCCCAUAGUAUUAACAUUAUAUCUACAGAUAGCCCAUAGUAUUAACAUUAUAUCUACAGAUAGCCCAUAGUAUUAACAUUAUAUCCUACAGAUAGCCCAUAGUAUUAACAUUAUAUCCUACAUAUAGCCCAUAGUAUUAACAUUAUAUCUACAGAUAGCCCGUAGUAUUAACAUUAUAUCCUACAGAUAGCCCAUAGUAUUAACAUUAUAUCUACAGAUAGCCCAUAGUAUUAACAUUAUAUCCUACAGAUAGCCCAUAGUAUUAACAUUAUAUCCUACAUAUAGCCCAUAGUAUUAACAUUAUAUCUACAGAUAGCCCGUAGUAUUAACAUUAUAUCCUACAGAUAGCCCAUAGUAUUAACAUUAUAUCUACAGAUAGCCCAUAGUAUUAACAUUAUAUCUACAGAUAGCCCGUAGUAUUAACAUGAUAUCUACAGGUAGCCCAUAGUAUUAACAUUAUAUCCUACAGAUAGCCCAUAGUAUUAACAUUAUAUCCUACAGAUAGCCCGUAGUAUUAACAUGAUAUCAUACAGAUAGCCCAUAGUAUUAACAUGAUAUCCUACAGAUAGCCCAUAGUAUUAACAUUAUAUCCUACAGAUAGCCCAUAGUAUUAACAUUAUAUCUACAGAUAGCCCAUAGUAUUAACAUUAUAUCUACAGAUAGCCCGUAGUAUUAACAUGAUAUCUACAGAUAGCCCAUAGUAUUAACAUUAUAUCCUACAGAUAGCCCAUAGUAUUAACAUUAUAUCUACAGAUAGCCCAUAGUAUUAACAUUAUAUCUACAGAUAGCCCAUAGUAUUAACAUGAUAUCCUACAGAUAGCCCAUAGUAUUAACAUUAUAUCUACAGAUAGCCCGUAGUAUUAACAUGAUAUCUACAGAUAGCCCAUAGUAUUAACAUUAUAUCUACAGAUAGCCCAUAGUAUUAACAUCAUAUCCUACAGAUAGCCCAUAACAUUAACAUUAUAUCUACAGAUAGUCCAUAGUAUUAACAUUAUAUCCUACAGAUAGCCCAUAGUAUUAACAUGAUAUCCUACAGAUAGCCCAUAGUAUUAACAUUAUAUCCUACAGAUAGCCCGUAGUAUUAACAUGAUAUCUACAGAUAGCCCAUAGUAUUAACAUGAUAUCAUACAGAUAGCCCAUAGUAUUAACAUGAUAUCCUACAGAUAGCCCAUAGUAUUAACAUUAUAUCUACGGAUAGCCCAUAGUAUUCACAUUAUAUUUACAGAUAGCCCAUAGUAUUAACAUUAUAUCCCACAGAUAGCUUAUAGUAUUAACAUUAUAUCCUACAGAUAGCCCAUAGUAUUAACAUUAUAUCCUACAGAUAGCCCAUAGUAUUAACAUUAUAUCAUACAGAUAGCCCAUAGAAUUAACAUUAUAUCUACAGGUAGCCCAUAGUAUUAACAUUAUAACUACAGCUAGCCCAUAGUAUUAACAUUAUAUCCUACAGAUAGCUUAUAGUAUUAACAUUAUAUCCUACAGAUAGCCCAUUACAUUAACAUUAUAUCCUACAGAUAGCCCGUAAUAUUAACAUUAUAUCCUACAGAUAGCUUAUAGUAUUAACAUUAUAUCAUACAGAUAGCCCAUUACAUUAACAUUAUAUCCUACAGAUAGCCCAAAGUAUUAACAUUAUAUCCUACAGAUAGCUUAUAGUAUUAACAUUAUAUCAUACAGCUAGCCCAUAGUAUUAACAUUAUAUCUACAGAUAGCCCAUAGUAUUUACAUCAUAUCCUACAGAGAGCCCAUAGUACUUAUUCAAUCAUUUAUUCAAUUGCUGUUUAACCCCUUAAGGACCAAACUUCAGGAAUAAAAGGGAAUCAUGACAUGUCACACAUGUCAUGUGUCCUUAAGGGGUUAAACAUCUGUAUAGACUCUGAUAAAACCACCUCUUCAGGCAGAGAUUGCUACAUCCUUAUGGUUCUUACUGUAAAAAAAAACUUUCUUUUUCCUUAGACUAAAUCUCAUUUCUUCAAGUCUAAAUGCGUGACCGUGUGUCCUAUGUAUAGCCCUGUUUAUGAAUAGUUUUAAGACAAUGGUUUCUAUUGGCCCCGAAUAUAAUUGUAUAAUGCUAUCAUAUCCUUUCUGAGGCACCGGUUUUCCAAACAAGAGAUUUAACUUUAUUAAACUCUCUUCAAAACUAAAAUGCUCCAUUUCUUUUAUCAAUUUGCUUAACUCAUCUCUGCACCUUUUCUAGUGCCAUAAUAUCCUUCUUUAGAACAGGUGCCCAAAAUUGCACAGAAUAUUCAAAGCUUGCUCUUACCAGUGAUUUAUAAAGAGGCAAAAUUAAAUUUUCAUCCUGAGAAUGAAUGCCCCUAUUUAUACAUGACAAUAUCUUACUGGCCUUAGCAACUGCUAAUUGACAUUGCAUAUUGUUGCCUAGUUUAUUGUCUAUAACAAUUCUCAAAUCCUUCUCAUGUGUUGUUAUCCCUGAUUCACUACCAUUUAGGGUGUAAGUUGCUUGUGCAUUCUUUACCCCAAAGUGCAUAACUUUGCCUUUUUCUACAUUAACUUUCAUCUGCCACUUGAGUGCCCAGUCCCCCAAUCUUUCUAAUUCCCUAUGCAGCAAAGCAAUACCCUGCUCACAUUGAAUUACUUUACAGAGUUUUGUGUCAUCCGCAAACACUGAAACAUGGCUUUUAAGAUCAUUUAUAAAUGUUUUUAAUAGAAGCGUUCCCAGAACAGAACCCUGAGGGACACCCUUGCCAGUUUUGUUUAGCUUGACAAUGUACCAUUAAUAACAACUAUCUGUACUCUAUCUUUAAGCCAAUGAUCUACCCAAGAACAAGAAUUUCAUCUAGGCCAAUUUAUGUUAGUUUGAACACUAACCUAUUGUGAAGACCGUAUCAAACGCAAAAUCCAAGUUGAUCACACCACUGCAACACCCUGAUCUAUACGUCUACUUACCUGUCUGUAUAAUACAAUUAGGUUAGUUUGACAUGACCUAUGUUUCAUAAAAUCAUGCUGAUUACUGCUCCUCCCAAUGAAUUCUUGAAUAUUCUCCCUUAAUAACCAUUCAUAUAAUUUCCCACUCACAGAAGUUAAGCACAGAGGUCUAUAAUUUCCAGGCAAAGAUUUUGAACCCCUUUUAAUUAUUGGAUCCACAUCUUCCUUCCUACAAUUCCUGAAACAAAAGAAUCUUUAAAGAUUAAAUACAGAGGUUCAGUUAUUUACACACUUAGCUCCUUGUACUCGUGGAUGAAUACCAUAAGGCCCCGAAUUGCAGCAAUCAUAUGCAUAUCUCGUACCAUAGGAUCCUCUUUAAUAUAUACUGAAGAAAAAUUGUUACAUAAAAUGUCUACCUUUUCCUGGUCUUUAUUAAUUAACACACCCAUCUCUGUUUUCAGUGUACAUACACCUUCUUUUUUUCUUUUUUUUUUUUCUCUUUACUUAAAAAAAAUUUGGGGGCUGGUUUUGUUCUCUUUGGCUCUUAAUUACUAAUUUUCUAGCGUAGCCAUUCUAAUUGCCUUUCUGUGUGCAUUGUUGGGUUGCCUCUAAUUUGUCUGAUUUAAAUGCCCUUUUCUUAAUUUUAAUCUAUUGGUUUGUUUGUUUCUUUUAUAUUUAUUACCUAUACUGAGAAAUGUACCUUUUUAAUAUUUGUUUGAGGAUAUUCCAUUUAUCCUCAGUGUUUUUUUUCACAUAAGAGUUUAUGCCAGUCAAUAUAUUAUAAAGCUGCCCUUAUCUUAUUAAAAUUGGGCCUUUUAAAAUGAUAUGUUUUAGUAUACCCCAUGUGCUUUUGCUUUUUUGAGUUUAUUUCCAAAGACACCAUAAUGUGAUCACUAUUUCCCAAGAGCUCUCCUGCUUGAAAGUUGGUCAAAAGAUCAACCCUGUUUGUUAUAACCAGAUCCAGACAAGCAAGACAAACACCGAUGUUCCUCGGCACUGGUUCGGGCUCUGUCCCCGCUCUCGCAUGAGUAUUUCCCCUAUAUUAAAGAAUUGUAUAAUGCUUUCCUGUGGGGUUCUACAUGACGCUGGAUGUCCUUAAUGCAUAGACAGCCACUAGAGGUGGAGUUAACCCUCCAAGGUAAUUAUUACAGUUUAUUUGAAACUGCAUUAAUUACCGUUGCAGGGUUAAGGGAUCUGGGACACUGCGCUCAGACCACUUCAAUAAGAUGAAGAGGUCUGGGUGCCUAUAGUAUCCUUUUAAGCAUAUGAGUGUUUGCUACAACGUAUCUUCCAGUGGAAAAGCUGUUUUGCAUCAUAAAUAUUUUCUUUCAUUUAUGCUGAUCUGCAAACUCAUGCUGGAAGAAUUCAAGAUGGCUACUUUGUCUCAAUGAGGAAAAUUGUUUAGUUUUUUUAGAUUUUUUUGUUUUGUUUGUACUUACCACUACUGUGUUAUUCACCACAGAUAAAGGGACACUAUAGCAUUAUAAAUACAAAUAUGUAUUCCUAACACUAUAGUGCUUUAGUAACUGUGUAGGUGACCAGGCCAGUGCUGCCAGGGUUAAAAAAAAGUAUUUUACAUACAUUUCAGCCCUUGCUUCGCUGGUCUCAUCGGGGAAGCUUCGCCUUUUUGGCUGAGAUCAUCGAUGAUGGGAAAGUAUUGGAAGGCUAGUGCACAUGCGCGACAAAAUGCAUCACUGCACCAAUGACCAUCUGACUUAAAUAGUAGCAGUUUUCACUGCUAUUUUACAGAAUUGCCUCUAGUGGCUGUCAUAGAGGCAAGUUAACCCUGCAAAGAAAACAUUGUCAUUACUGCAGAAUGGCAAAACAUUUAACUGCAGGGUUUAAACAGGGGGGCUCAUGGCACCCAGACCACUGGGUACCUAUAGUGUUCCUUUAACACUUCAAGAGAAUUUACUGAAGUUAGAGAGCUGUCAAUGUUGGGGUUCAAAUAUCUGUAUUCUGCUUUUCCUUUCUUUGUAUGGUUUGAAAAACAAUCCUGCACCUGACAUAAUGAAACAAUUAAACAUUCUAUGAAUAUUGUCUUACUGUAGUGUCCCUUUAAAAUCUGUUUAACCAUUUCAAGAGAGCUCUGUUAUAUGCACCUUAUAUUACUCUGCUUCAUGUAAUUAUUCCUAAGUGCUAAAUCUUGCUUAAUGCUUUGAAUACCAGAUGGAAAUUCUGGUAAUAAAAUGGGAAAUAACGUUUUUGAAAACAUAGAGCAGCACAAAUUGUUGGCAUUCUUUGGCUGUAGUGCAUUAACAGAUAGGCUUGUUCAGUUAUUUUGUUGCUUAUCUCUUUAACUACAUAGAACACAGUAUCCUGAGCUAGAAUAGGGGGACACAUAUGGUUUUGACAAUAGGGCUGUUAGCAAGAUAUUUUUUGCAUGUAUUAUAAAAGGUUCUGUGACUGAUUACUGAUACAUAUCUUUGUGAUUCUUCACUGGCUCUUUUGGUGGGCUGACAGCGUGACCUGAAUUUGUCUCAUACCAUUAUUGUGUGUCAGCAGAGUGCUCGGAAACAGAUUACAUUAACCAUGCAUAUUCCAUAUGUACAUUUAAGGCAUCACCAUGGAAACGGCGAGUUUUAAACGUCUACUUGGCUUAUGGCGAAGUAGUAAUGUGGCUGCAUCCAUGAAAACACAACUACAUUACAUGCUAUUAACGAGAAUGAUGUUAAAAACAUGCCACUAAGGGGUGACGUUAGGGUAAAGCUUGGCUCGGUGGGUGUUAGGGGUAAGGUAAGGCUUGGGUGGUGAUUAGGGAGAAAUUUGACUUCAGGGUCGGUUAGUGAUUAUGGAGGUGAUAUGUAGAAUUAUGGGUAGUUAGGUGGGUUCAGGAUUAUUUCUGCGUGGUGUGUAUCCAGACUUGUACUGACGCCCAUAAUUAUAAAAGGUGCAAUAACACUACAAUGGGCAACAUUACAUCAUCACUCUAUAACAAUGUUUUUAAAGGCAAUAUUUACAAAUAGAUUUGACUUAAUAGUUUAGUUUAAUAGACACAGAUGUUAUACGCAGGUGAAAUUAUACAUCACUAUCACAAGCUUGUGAACACACAUAUAUCACCAGCUUUUCCCAAGGUAAUGCUAAAUCUUGCUGAAGAAGCUAGUUGACUACCAAGUCUUACCUAGCGUGGUGUUCAACAUUGAUUCUUAAAGGAACACUGUAGGCAUUGCCACUCCUUCAUCUCAUUGAAGUGGCUUGAAAACCGUUUAAAGGAACACUACAGCAUUAGGAAUACAAACAUGUUUUCCUAAUGCCAUAGUGUUCUACUCACUAUUUAGACUAUCGCCCCAUGAGGGUUAAAAAAGCAGAUUUUCUUACCUUAUAUCCUGUGAUAUGCUGGUCCCUGUCUUGCUGCCCCACCUCCUUAUCUGAGAUCAUCAAUCCUGAUGAUCUCAGCCAGUUGGGUGGCUAGCGUGCAUGCACAGCAAAUCACAAAGCUUUGACCAAUCAGCAUUUCAUCAUUGAGAUGCAUUAAAUCAGUGGAACCCAGGAAGUUCCUCUAAUGACUAUCUGAGUGACAGCCACUAAAGGUGGUCAUAAACAGCAAUGCAAACACCAUGUUUUUUCAGAAAAGCUAGCCUUUACAAUGCUCAGCCUACAGGAACUGGCUAUAUACAGUGAGGGGAAAAAAGUAUUUGAUCCCCUGCUGAUUUUCAAUGUUUGUCCACUGAGAAAGAAAUGAUCAGUCUAUAAUUUUAAUGUUAGGUGUAUUUUAACCCCUUAAGGACCGAGGACGGUUCAGGACCGUCAUCGGCAUUUUUGCGUUGCCGACCGAUGACGGUCCUGAACCGUCCUAACGGUCAGAGCUACUUACCUGAUCGCCGUCGUUCCCCCGGCGGCGAUCAGUGUUCCUCCGGUUGUGGGGAGACUGCCUGCAGCCCAGACAGUCUCCCCACGGCAGAUUAGGACCCCUGUGGCCAUGUGAUCGCUUAACACAGCGAUCACAUGGUCACAAUAGGUGUCCAUAGUGCUGCCUGCAGGGGGACUGUUGUGCUGACAGGCAGUCUCCCUGCUAGUGUAAAAUAAAAAAAAUAAAAAUAAAGUUAAUGUUAAUAAAAAAUAAAUAAAUAAUUAUAUAUGUGUAUAUAUGAUAUAUAGACAUAUAUUAUAUCUAUAUAAUAUAUGUCUAUAUAUCAUAUAUAUAAUGUCAUACUAAGUGUAUUUUAUAUUAAUAUGUACUUAUAUUAAUAUAAAAAUACACUUAUAAUUAAAUUACACACGUAUAUAUAUAAUAUAUAUAAUAACUAUAUAUAUUGUAUAUAUAUAUUAUUAUAAAAUAUAAAUAAUAAGUAAUUUAAAUUAAAUAAUUUUUUUUAAAAAUAAUAAUAAAAAAUUAAAAAAAAUUAUAUAGCUAUAUGAAAUUUUAUUCUAACUGUAUUUUAAAAUUAAUAUAUAUAUAUUUAUAUCAAAAUACACUUAGAAUGAAUUUGUAUAUAUAUCUAUGUAUAUAAAAAUAAAUAAAAAUAAUAAGAAAUAUACAUACGUCCAUAUACAAAAUUACAUAAAUAAUUAUAUAAAUAUACACGUAGACUUCAAAUAUAUAAAUAUGCAUAUAUAUUUAAAUUCUACGUGCGUAUUUAUGUAAUAUUUUUACAUAAUUCAGUAAUUUUAUUGAUUGCAAUUUGAGGACCUGCCUGCCAACCCAGGCCGAAAUUCCAGAGAAUUUAAUUUGCUAGCACUGUAUUUUACCCUGUAACGUUCUACGACACCCUAAAACCUGUACAUGGGGGGUACUGUUUUACUCGGGAGACUUCGCUGAACACAAAUAUUAGUGAUUCAAAACAGUAAAACAUAUCACAGCGAUGAUAUUGUCAGUGAAAGUUACUUUUUUUGCAUUUUUCACACACAAACAGCACUUUUACUGAUGAUAUAAUUGUUGUGAUACGUUUUCCAGUUUUUAAACACUAAUAUUUGUGUUCAGCGAUGUCUCCCGAGUAAAACAGUACCCCCCAUGUACAGGUUUUAUAGCAUUUUUGAAAGUUACAAGGUCAAAUAUAUGGGUCAAAUAUUUUACAUUGAAAAUGGCCAGGUUGGUUACGUUGCCUUUGAGAGCGUAUGGUAGCCCAGGAAUGAGAAUUACCCCCAUGAUGGCAUACCAUUUGCAAAAGAAGACAACCCAAGGUAUUGCAAAUGGGGUAUGUCCAGUCUUUUUUAGUAACCACUUGGUCACAAACACUGGCCAAAAUUAGCGUUCAAUUUAGUUUUUUUACUUUUUUCACACACAAACAAAUAUGAAUGCUUACUUUGGCCAGUGUUUUCGACUAAGUGGCUACUAAAAAAGACUGGACAUACCCCAUAUUGAAUACCCUGGGUUGUCUACUUUAAAAAAAAUAUGUACAUGUGGGGUGUUAUUCAGAGAUUUAUGACAGAUAAUAGUGUUACAAUGUCACUAUUGAUAAAUUUUUAAAAUGUAUGUUUUGAAACCGCAAUAUCCUACUUGUACCUAUAGCCCUAUAACAUGCAAAAAAAAGCAAAAAAGCACGUAAACACUAGGUAUUUUUAAACUCAGGACAAAAUUUUGAAUCUAUUUAGCAGUUUUUUUCAUUCGCUUUUGUAGAUGAGUAAAAGAUUUUUCAAGUAAAAGUCAAAAAACAUGUAUUUUUUUCAAUUUUUCAUCAGAUUUUUGUAUUUUUUUUAAAUUAAAAUACAUGAGAUUAUAUAAAUAAUGGUAUGUAAAGAAAGCCCCUUUUGUCCUGAAAGAAACAAUAUAUAAUUUGUAUGGGAACAGUAAAUGAGAAAGCGGAAAAUUAUAGCCAAACACAAACACCACAAAAGUGUAAAAAUAUGCCUGGUCGCAAAUGUACAACAUCGCAAAAACAGUCCAGUCCUUAAGGCGUUAACAUACAUACAUACAUACUCAUAUACAGUUUUUCUCGACAUAAAAUGGUCUUUCUAAAGAUUACAAUUAUUUUCUUCAUAUCAUAUAAUUUGCUAUAAAAAAAUUAUAAAAUAUGAAGAAGACAUGUAAAAAAACAAACUUUUUCGAACCCCCAAAAUCUGUUACGCACCUGCCAAAAAACACCCGUGCUAAAUAGUUUCUAAAUUAUGUCCUGAGUUCAAAAAUACCCAAUGUUAACAUGUUCUUAUCUUUUUUUUGGAACCUUAUAGGACAAUAAGUACAAGUAGCACUUUGUUAUUUCCAAACCAUUUUUUUGGAAUGCAAGUUACAUUGUAACACUGAUAUCUGUCAGGAAUUCCUGAAUAACCCUUCACAUGUAUAUAUUUUUUGAAAGAAGACAACCUAAGCUAUUAAACUUGGGGUAUUUUGACUCUUUUCAUGCAACCAUUUUACCACCAACCGAUGCCAAAUAAAAAAAAAUAAAAAAAAAUAAUUGGUGAUUUUUUGACACACUUAGCAAUUUAAGAAUACAUGUAUGCAGAACUUUAAGGGUUACUGCCAAAGAACACCCCAAUAUGUGUUCAGCAACAUCUCCUGAGUACAGUGAUACCCCCCAUGUAUAGGUGUGGCGGCUAAAAGACCUCAUUUCGGGGGUGCGCAUUCUAGUUUUCCAACUUGGAAUUGUCACAGAUGGUCAUCGUGCACCCAUGUCCUAUUUGGGACAUUUUUGAGGCCAGUCAAUGUAAUUUAUCCCCAUCAAAAUAUAUAUUUUUGAAAAGUAGAUACUCUAGGGUAUUUCAAGUGGUGGUAUUUUAACACUUUCCAUGCACUAAUUCUACCACCAGUCUUUGUCAACCUUUUGGGUAGUCAUUGUUUUGUGUUAUUUGUUACACACAUUGUAAUUUAGGCAUUGAUUCUCGCUCUUGUUAUGUAUUACUGCCAAAGAACACCCAAAUAUGUGUUCAGCAGCAUCUCCUGAGUAUAGUGAUACCACCCAUGUACAGGUGUGUUGGGUUCUCUGUGGGCUAAAAUACCUUAUUUGGAGGGUGCACAUUCCAGUUUUCUAACUUGGAAUUUUCACAGUUGGUCAUCAUGCACCCAUGUCCUAUUUGGGACAUUUUUGAAGAUGGCCAAUGUAAUUUACCCCCAUCAAACCAUAUAUUUUUUUAAAGUAGACACCCUAGGAUAUUUCAAAUGGUGGUAUUUAAACACUUUCCAUGCAUUAAUUCUACCACCAGUCUUUGUCUUUGGUCAUUUUCUGUGUUAUUUUUCUAUCAUAUUGGAUUCUCAGUUCCUGUUAUGUGUUACUGACAAAGAACACCCCAAUAUGUGUUCAGCAACAUCUCUCAAGUACAACAGUGCCCUCAAUGUACAGGUUUUGUGGGUUUUUGCAAACUUACAGGGGUCAAAUGUAAGGCUUUCCCCUUUUCCAUGUUUGCACAUUGAAAUUUGCCAGAUUGGUUUGCUGGGCCUAUGUUGUCUUUGAGACCGUAUAGCAGCCCAGGAAUGAAAAUUAACCCCAUCAUGGCAUACCAUUUGCAAAAGAAGACAACCCAAGGUAUUGCAAAUGGGGUAUGUUCAGUCUUUUUUAGCAGCCACUUAGUCACAAACACUGGCCAAAGUUAGCGUUCAUAAUAGUUUUUGCAAAUAUAAUUGCUAACUUUGGCCAGUGUUUGUGACUAAAUGGCUACUUAAAAAGACUCGACAUACCCCAUGUUGAAUACCCUGUGUUGUCUAAUUUAUUUUUAUAAUUCUUUAUUUUGGUAGUGCAGAUGGUAGGUUACAGGUUAUGCAUGGUAUGACGAGGAAAUUCGAUCAGGAGGUGAAAGAUAACGUAUCAUACAUUCCAUUUUCAUAUAAGAAGAACAUUAACAUCCUGCACCAUUUUUACUUUAAAAGGUCAUGUCCGUCUAUGCUAUUGGUAGGCCAUAUGGUGUGGUUAUCUGUAUUCUCUCUAUUGCAGGGUUUAAUCACACCCUCUACUUGCAUCAGAGUUUGCUUAGACACGGUUAUAUUUGAGGGUUAGGAGGUUGCUGUCAUUCCUCUGGCUGCGGUCUCCUAUGUGUGUUAUGUCUAGCUGGCUUAAUGGGUGAGGAUAAAUCCAUGGCGCUUUCUAUGGGGCGAGUAGAGUGUAUAUAGUCUAGCUCUGUCAUAUCUAGAUAAAGUCAAGUGUCGACCCCUAACCUGAAGGAGUCACGGGGGGAGGAGGGUUGUCGAGUCCUGUCCGGAGUACGUAGGACUGAGUGCCGUACUGCUCUCGUAAAUGUAGUGAGGCAUAAUAAAUGGGCCCCUGGCUACUUAAGGUGAUCAACAAAAACAACAAAGCAAAGCAUAUGAAUAAAAUAUAAUAAACAUCAUGAACAUAACUGUGGCUGACAUAUAUGUAUUAGAUAAGAUGUUAUUAGGAAUGACAAUUGAGCCCGGAGGCUCUGUAUCAGUGCUCCUCAGGUCAUCACUGUUUUCCUGGAGCUGCCUCUGGGAGUAAACGGGACCGAUCUCUAUAGGUCCCAUAUGUAGGCUGUGGAGGUGGUAGGUGCCUUUUGAACUCUAGUGUCUGAUGCAAGUACCUGAGCCUGCAAAAAAGCCGGAGCUUCCGAGAUGGUGGUGAGCUUUAGGGUAGUGUCCUGGUGGGUCACUCCUGGGGUUCUUGGCAUCAGCCAGCGAUAGUCCACUUUUGCUUUUUGGAGUUGUGUAGUUAUGGCUUUUAGUGACUUUCUCCAUUCCAGUGUAUUCUUUAUGACAUCUUGGAAAAAGGUGAGCCUGGACAACUCAAAGUCCAGUGGGGUCUUGUCUCUGAUUGCUGUGAGAAUGCGUAGUUUGUGUAGAAUACAGUGACAGUGGAGAAUUACAUCUUGUGGGGCCAUAACUGGCACCUGUUUGCUUUAUUGAUGCGGAAAUGUCCUUUGAAUUUGACUUUUUUGGCCUGGGUGUGGGGCAGCAUCGUUGCCAAUAGCCUCAGUAGAUAGUGAGGUAAUUCGGUCGGACCCACAGAGACCGGUAUUCCCCAGAUUUGUAUGUUCAUCCACCAGUUGCGGUCCUCUAGUGUGUCUAAUUUGAGCUAGAGCGUUGAGUUAGUGGCUUUCAGUUGGUGCAGAGUAUCACUCACAGUUUUAAUUUCUUGGCGAAUGUCCAUCCUCCUCUGUGGCCUGGACUCUUUGUGAUACUGCUUGAAUUUCUGUGCGCGCCAGAUUCAUGUCAGCGUCAAACAUCAGCUUUAUUUAUUUUAUUAACUGCCUUAUGUCACGCUUUGUGGCUGGUGUUAGGUCAUCCCCUGUAGCCUGAGGCUCUGGAAAUGGGAUCUGUCCUGUCCCGCUGGGCUCAGCUCUGGGCUGUGGAGGCUGGAUUCCAGGUCAGGGUCGGCCACCAUUUUGUGGCUCUGGGGCCGUUGUAACAGGGACCCUAUAUUCCCGGUAUCUUUGGGAGUCCAGGCUUGGGGCAUUUGUUAUGGCACCAUGGUGGAUUCAGCAUGCAGGUGCCACUCGGGCAUCGAGUGGAGACCACACACAGGUUCCGGGCUCCCUUCUGAAUGGUAGGCCCGGGUCCUACAGCGGGUUUUCACGCCAUUUGGGGUGUAUAAAAAGGGCAUUGGCUUGUAGCCCUUGGUGCCAAACUCAUAGGGCACACGGUUGUGUUAGCCUGGAGCCUACUGGGAUAGUGGAUGUUGGCGGAUUGUGCUUUGGCGAAAACGAGCACUGCAGGGUAGCGUCCAUGCAGUUCAGCGGCUUGGCUCCGCCCAUGUGAGGUGUGAUUCAGAGAUUUAUGACAGUGUUACAAUGUCACUAGUGAUACAAGGAUGUUGAGAUGGGCUCAGUGGGCUAAUGCAUCAUCAGUAGAAUCUGUUCAACCCUUUGAGUGCAUGUUCAAAUCCUGGCAGGGCUGACUCAGCCCUUCAUCCUUCUAAGGUAGAUACAAUGAAGAAUUAAUUUGGGUAAUAGUUAACUCAUGGAUGUUGGGUGGUGCCCAACCUUUUUUGAACCAAGAUUUAAAGUUGCCAUCUCAUGGAGAUCUACCAGUUCACAUAGGAAGCCGUGUCCAUUGCCUAUCAGUGCAUUUAACAUGCACACAAUAAAGAGAAAACCCAUUCAGAUAUCAUAAAAAAGUAGUUUGUGUGUUGCAGAGCUGUGGCAAUAAAUGUAUUUCCCCACAGUAGGACUUCUGGCAUUGGGAGGAGGCAGCUAAUUUCUCGUAGUCAAGGCAGUAGAAGCUGGUUGCAAGCCUUAGGCGGGCCACAAGGUGAAUGUCUGUCAUUGUGGAUCUGUACUUCGACUUGAUGAUUUUCAUGUGAGAGAAAGCAGUCUCACACAAAUUAGUUGAUCCAAAAAGUGCAGUCAGGUUCAAGGCACAUCUUCUGAGGUUGGGAUAUUUUUGUUCCAGCAGCAGGCAGUUUUAGCAGGGAAAUCUGUCUCGUAGUUUUUGUGCACUGUUCUGAAAUGCUGCUCCAGAUUGCCCUUUUUCAGUAUAGCCACGCUGAGAUUGCAAAUGAGACAAACGGACUUUGAAUUUGAGUAAACAGAAAAAAUAAUCCUCCCCCCACUCUGAAUGAAAAUGGUGAGUCUUAGAUUUUUUGGCUUCUGCCAUUUUUAUGGGUUGCUAGCAAACUUUAAUGGUGGAGAGUCCUACACCAAGUAACCUGUGAUCUGGCACACACUGCACGUCGAUACCGCGUGUGCGCGCAGCGCACUAACUACCGUGCGGCGCUGUGUAUGCGUGAGUGUGCGUGCAAACGAACAGUGGCAGCAGAGCCGGACUGGGAACAGAAAGCAGCCUUAUAAUUCAUCGUGUCACAUAGUGUGUUUAUUUUCUUAUAUUCACUACAGACAGACCCCUCUCCCCUGUCCCAUAGUGUUCUUUUCCCCUCCCCGGUCCUAUAGUGUUCUUUACCCCCAUCCCCUGUCCCAAAGUGUUCCUUCCACUCCCCUCCCCUGUCCCAAAGUGUUCCUUUCCUCCAUCCCCGGUGUGUCUCUUACCUUUCUGGUAGCGUGGUCGAGCGAAGCGGUCUGCGGUACAGUAGCUUCAGUUUCCUGUACCCGGUUGGACUGACAGGAAGUGCUCUCUCAGUGAGCAAUUUCGUUCAGUCCGGCAGGGUACAGGAAACAUAAGUUCCUGUACCGCGAUGCGCACUACUCCACUCGGCCACGCUACACGUGUGCCUGACAGGAGGGAGCGAUGUGUGCCCACUUCCUGCCAUCGCGAUCGACUGAGAAUCAGCCCACGAUCGACCGGUCGAUCGUAAUCGACUGGUUGGGCCUCCCAGGGCUAAGGUAACUUGAAAACCAGGAUGUACUUGAAAACCAGAGUAAUCUGAAUGUACCUUUCCUGGUUAAAUACUUUGUUAUUAUUAUUUUUUUUUAAAUAUAUAUUUUGAAACAGCAAUUUCCUACUUGUACUUAUAGCCCUGUAACUUGCCAAAAAAGCUAAGAACAUGUUAAGAUUGGGUAUUUCUAAACUCAGGACAAAAUUUAGAAUCUAUUUAGUACGGGUGUUUUUGGCGGUUUUAGAUGCGUAACAAAUUUUGGAGGUCAAAGUUAGAAAAAGUGUGUUUUUAAAAAAUGUUAUUCAUCAUAUUUUAUAAUUUUUUUUAUAGUAAAUUAUAGGAUAUGAUGAAAAUAAUGGUAUCUUUAGAAAGACCAUUUACUGGCGAGAAAAACAAUGUAUAAUGUGUGUAUGUACAGUAAAUGAGUAAGAGGAAAUUACAGCUAAACACAAACACAGCAGAAAAGUAAAAAACAGCCCUAGUCCCAAACGGUAAGAAAAUUGAAAAACGUUCUGGUCACUAAGGGGUUAAAUCAACAGCAUAAAAUUACAUUUUAUGGGAUUUAUUUGUAGUAAUGACUGGGGAAGGAACUAUUCUGCUUUAGAAUGACAAUAAACCUUUUGCACCAAGUGAGGUCAAUACAGCAUUGCUUAGUUGAGAUUAGAGUGGAAGAAAUUUGAUUGGCCUGUACCAAGCCCUACCUUCAAUCUCAUCCUCCUCCUUGCGAUGAAUCUUAAUCAUCCAAUAUCGAUUCCCAACCUUGCUAAUGCUAUUGUGUGUGAAUGGAAGCAGAUUCCCUGUACUCGUAUGGUAAUAAGUUCACUGCUGUUACAUUACUGUAAUUACUGACACAAUACAAUACUACAUAUAAUGAAACAAUAAUAGAGUAACACAGUAAAGGGAGGUUCACUAUAAUACCUGUAUAACUAUAUGUAGACCUGAAUGUUUCAACAUCUCCCAACUCAUGUUUUGUAUUUUUUUUAUAAUCUAGAUCAGGGGUUCCCAAACCAGUCCUCAAGUACCCCCUACCAGUCCAGGAUUUAGGGAUUACCAUGUUGUGUCUAAAGUGGUUGUUAUUUUUUUUCUUUUUCUAAAAACACCUUAGACACGACUAGGUGAUCCCUAAAUCCUGGACUGGGUCGGGAACCACUGAUCUAGAUUAGACUAUUGAAAUGAUUUUAAGUUUUUACAAGCCUCAGAAAAGCUACAUUUUUACAGGCUAGUGUUUAUAUAUUGUAAUUGUUUAGAUAUAUAUUAGCUAAAACACAUUCAGCACUUUAUUGUAUACAAUGAGCAAGUAUAUAAAACGGCAACGUUCUAAAUGUCUUGAAGUCUAUACAAGGUCCAUCCACCAAUAUUACGAUAACAGAUGAUAGGAGAACCAUUUCACUGUGUCCCUUUAGUGGAGAUAUUCCAUGUGAAAGAACAAACAAUUAGAACAUUUAGAACUUCCCAUAGAUUUUCAUCUGUUAAAGGGACAUUGAUAUAAUGUCCUGGGCAGAGGGCAUAAAUGAUGUGUAUCCAGACUGUAUCUUCUACCCCAUAAUAGCCUCAGCUGUUGGAUAUCUGAAUCCUCUGAGGUUUUAUCAGUGACAAUACUUGAUCUAUCUUCUUAUUGACAUCAGACACAUAAAACAUUGGAGGGGCUUCAGUGAUACACAGAACUUGCAGGUAACAUUGUAUGAUCCAUAUGAUCUUUUUAUUUCAGCUGAAACCGCUGCUUAUUCCAAUAUUUUUGCUACUCUAUAGCAUUGUGAGUGGAGCACAGCGAGCUACUCUGGUGCCCUGGCCUUUAUCUGAUUUGUAUUUUUUAUGUCACCCCUAUACAAUUAUGUGCAAGAAGGGACAAAUCUUCUAGAACCUUUCUCUGAACUUCUGACUCUGAGUGCCAGAGGGGAAUGCACUCAGGUACAUUGCACAACCAUCUGACAUUCAGUGAGUUAAAAUCAUUCCAUUUACCUGCUGUUAUCCUCUAUGGCAUUUCAACGUUUUUCAAACUAUGCACAAGGGUUUUUGUCUUUUCCUCAGAAAAUAGGUCACCUAAAAAUAAGGGGGGGAAAUUGAACUCUUAUAAAAAAAAAACAAAAAAAAACAAAAAAAAACAGAAGCAGUUGAUGUAAAAUGUUACAACUUUUUAUAGCAGAACUAAAUGGACAGCGGGAUGGAACUAACCUCUGUCUGGUUACUGCUGCACAUUGAGGAGGAAACCGAAAGGAGCCCCUGCUUUCCCAACCACUAGGCACCAAGGAUUGCCAUGUCUCCACUCCCUCCCCCAGUGUACAGAGGGCAGUUCCCCUAGCUAACUGCCUGUAAGUGUGUGUAUGGCUGUCUGCCUGUAACUGUGUGUGUGUGUGUGUGACUGUCUGCCUGUCUGUACCUGUGUGUGACUGUCUGGCAGCAACUGUGUGUGUGCCACUGCCUGUAACUUUGUGUUUGGCUGCCUGCCUGUAACUCUGUGUGUGUGUGUGCGUGGCUGUCUGUUUGUGACUGUCUAACUGUAACUGGGUGUGUUUGUGUGACUAUCUGCCUGUAACUUUGUGUGUGUGUAAAGUGUGUGUGUGUGUGUUUGGCUGUCUGCCUGUGAAUGUUUGUGACUGGCUAUAACUGUGUGUGCGCGUGACCAUCUGCCUGUAACAUUGUGUGUGACUAGCUGCCUGUCAUUGUGUGUGACUGUGUGCAUGUGACUGUAUUUGACAGUAUAUGUGUAUAACUGUGUGCAUGUGGCUGCCAACACAUAGCAUUCAUAUCAUACACAGUGGUGUAUUUUGGAUCUGUGCUGCCCUAGGAAAGACGGAACUUGGGCACCCCCUAAUUUAGAUUUGUCCCGCCCCUUCCUGUCAAGGCCACACCUCUUCCUGUUAAAGACUAACACACACUUUGACUGACAGAAACACACUCUCAGAUACACUGACAUACACAAUCACUGAUUUUACACAAUCUGACAGAAACACACAGUCACUGACUCACAGACACAUAAUGACAGACACACACAAUAACUGAUAGACACGAACACACUCACUGACAUACACACACAAUGAUGCAGACAUACACAUUCACUCACUGACAGACACCCACACACUGACAGGCAUACACAAUCACUCAGACACACACACAUUCACUGACAGACACACUAACUCACUCACAGACACACACAAUCACUCAGACACACAGUCUCCCUCACAGAUGCACACACACACUCACAGACACAUACAAUCACUCAGACACAAACACACAUUCACUGACAGACACACACUUACUCACAGACACACACUGACAGACACACAGACACACACACAGUCAGUAAGACACACAGGCUCUCUCACAGACACACACAAUCACUCAGACGCACACUGACAGACAGACAUACACUCACAAACACUCACACUCACUCACUCACUCACUCACAGACACAUACUGACAGACAUACACACAUUCACUGACAUACACUCACAGAUUUGACACAAUCUGACAGACACACACAAUCACUAACUCACAGAGACAUACUGACAGACACACAUAAUCACUGACAGACACGCACUCACUCAGAGACACCCACACACUGACAGGCAUACACAAUCACUCAGACACACACACACACACAUUCACUGACAGACACACACACACACACACUCACAGACACACACAAUCACUCAGACACAAACACACAUUCACUGACAGACACACACUCACUCACAGACACACACUGACAGACACACAGAUUCACUCAGACACACAGGCUUCCUCAGACACACACAAUCACUCAGACACACACUGACAGACAUACACUUACUCACAGACACUCACACUCACUCACAGACACACACUGACAGAUACAUACAUACACUCACUGACAGAGACACACUGACACACACACUGACAGACAGACACACACACAUUUCCCCUCCCCCAAACACGCAAAGAUAAAUUUCUGUAAAUUUAAAUCCACCCUACCUUUGGGAGAGCUGGGUGGAUGAUUUUUACCUGGGUCCAGUGGGGCUGCUGGCCGGUUUGUUUGGGCAGGCGUGCAGGCAGACAGGCGGUCAGUUGAGCUCCAGGUGGGUGUCGAGGGAACGCUGAUUUGUGAGCUCUCCCUGCUCAGCGAGUCACAGAGUGAUGCCAGGAGCCAGAAUGUGAUGUCAUAUUCCGGCUUCCAGCUUCACUCUGUGGCGUGCGAGGGAGCUGAGCAGGGAGAUCUCACAAAUCAGCACUUCCUCGCCGCCCACCUGGAGUUCAGUUAGCCGCCUGCGCUGAGGCUAACAAGGCAAAUGCCUUGUUUGCCUCACGGCAAAUACAGCAGUGAUCACACACAGAUAACAAACACACAUACAAACAUUACAUGAUAUUAUUAUUAUAGAUUUGAUACAGUGGAGCUCUGUUAUACAAAAUAUACAUUAAUUUGUGUUUUAUUGUUGUGGAACUCUGUGACAUACUCAUGCAUUGGACAUUACUGUGUGUUUUAUUGUUGUGGAGUUCUUUGAUAAAACUGGUACACACUACAUAGUACUGUGAGGGCUUUUUUUUUUUUUUCUUGCUGUGUAGCUCAGUGUUAAAUGAAUAAAUCGGCCAUUACUGUCAGCUUUUAUUCCACGAAUGUCAAGGUACAUAAGGAAAACCCAGAGCUCCAAAGCAAAACGACUCACACUAUUAUGUGACAGAGACAUAUAAUUCUUAGUCUGCCCCUCUGUAAUGUUGGGGAGGCAGUCUGGCACUGCUGGCCUGCACCUCGGUUGGCUGCAGACAACGAGUAGUCGUCUCCUGAGCUCUGGCCAAACCACGGUUACCAUAGCAAAUCUCUGACAUUGGAAGUGUCUGAGCUCACAAGACAGUUACUCAUGGUCUGCACCCUGCGGAGGUGCAGACCAGAUUCCCAGCAAACUGGACCACCAGAGAUCAGCAUGCCCUCUUCCGUGCAAGGUAACACAUGUGACCUGGAAUAGAAUAUUUAUUUUUUAAUAAUUAUUAAUCUAAUAAAACACCUAUACAAACACUACACCCUUAUAAGCACUCACUAUACAUGGAUGAAGGGGUGUGACAAUGGAGGGGCACUGUGAAGAUUUUUUGCACAGGGCAGCUAGAGUCCUAAGGCCGGCCUUGAUUAUCAGCCAGUCACUAGAUGUCUAUCGAUACUGGCUACUCUGGGUGAAGCUCACAUGGUCAUGUUCGUGUUUCUGCUCUAACAGCAAGCCGCUAAUUUGUGAGAGGAUGGUAUCUGUAGCGUCAGUAGUUACAAGUGGUGAGUUAUAAAAAGUUUGGACCAAAAUUGUAAACCUCGUUGUCAUUUGUCAAUGCAAGAGGCUACAAGCUGUGGGUAAUAGUGACCGCUUAUGGCAGAUAAAUGACCCCAAAGUCUUCUUUUUUUUCUCUUUAUUUUGUGAUGUGCACGGUUUCCAUUGCUUUAAAGUCUUUUCUUCCUUCCUCACCAAGUUAGUUUUGUUUAAAAAUAUACUACAAACACUAUUCACUUACCGACCGGGUUCCGUUCCUACGACCCGGUCCUAGAACGAAUUGGUCGGUAAGUGAGGAGUUAAAGGAUUCCUUGCUCUGGUGCAUUUGUCUAUGUUAGGGGAAACUUCCCCGAACAUAGACAUGCGCACCAGAGCAGGGAGUCCCCAUGACGGCUCGCACUUACGCCUGGUCGUAAGUGCGAGCCAUCGUACAACAGGUAGGUCGCUAAAUGAGGACCACCUGUAUUAUUAUUGGCGUUUGUAUAGCGCCAAUUUACCCUGCAGUGUUUUACAUGCUUUUUUUUUUUUUAAAGGGGGGAGGUGAGGGAAUUAACAAUAUUUAAAAAUGAUUAAAUAUUUUUAAAGGAACAAUAGGUUGAUGAAUGCCCCAGUAGAACAAAAACUAUCAUAACAUUUAUUUAAAACGUGUGAUGCCUAGAUGGCACAUAGAGGAAAGAUAAACAGCUGUUUCCCAUAAUGGUUGUUGUUUUAGAGUACUAAUUAAUUCAUGUAAAUUCAAUUCAAAUGAUCUCUGUUCCGGGUUGCUUAUGUCAAUUCUGUGCAUAAAAAAAGAUCUGUCAUCAGCACGCAUUGCACAAUGCCUACAGAGGGGAAAAUCUUUGCCUGCACCCUCUCCAACCCUCCCUCUCACAAAGCGCUCCAUACCUCCUCCCUCUGUUGCAUAUUUGUUUUAUGUUUUUUUCUUUAAUCUUCCCUCCUAUCCAAUCCCUUCCCUCCACUUGCCUGCCCACAGUGUGCACAUGCACUCUGGGUCAACAAAACUUUUUCUGCAAAUUAAGAGGGGGGACGUUGGGGACGUUCCCCAUAGUGCCCAGUAGGGCAUUUUACCCUGGAAGGGUCUCCCACCUAAAAGGUUUAUAAUACCCCUGUAUAAUACUGGGAGAUUCAGGCUGUGCUAUCCAUGCGGUGCCCAGCAUACCCUCAGCUCAAGAGAAGACAGAAUGGGGUCCUGGUGAGACAAUAAUUUUGCCGGCUGCAUUAAAAUCACACUGUGCAAGGAGGAUGUAAGUGUGGCUUUAUGGCUUGCAUUGUGCUGUGCAGUGCUUUGCCUUUGUGAACAUUUGAUGUGUCAGAUUUAACUGCAAAAUUGUCUUCUGUUUUUUCACAUUAAACUUUUAUUUUGGUGCGUUUACUACAUUUUUUUGUACUUGUUUGCUAAUGCUAGUUUAUAGACGUAUUUAGGAUAUGCCUUACUUGGUAUGAUUUUGUAGCAAUUGCACCGUUUACUUCCCUACUAUUUACUAUAUUUCCUCAGUCUUUUCUAUAAAUUCUUGGAAUAAUUGAGCUCUCAAAGUGACACAUUACAUCUUGCUGGGUACAGAAGCCUUGCACCCACCUAUCUACCCACUCAGGCAGGCAGCCCAGCUGAACACAGAGUCCUACACAGCAACGUGACUCAAUGUGAAAAAGAAACACACACACACACACACACACAUACAGCCAUGAAAGGCAAGCGGCUGAUACAGCUGGCUGAUGCUGUGCUGGGAGCAUUCUCCAGCACUCGGAUCAUUGCUGUCUGAUAACGAUGCUGGCAGAACCUCAUUCAGGCUGCGGUACUGGGGAAGGAUGACACAACAGUGCUAUAAGGAGAAUCCAGUUGGGACGACAGAGUGGGCCUUGUAAUAGGGGCCGGGGAAAGAGGCUCUGCAGAGGUAAGCAGAGAGGAUACCUGGAACCGAGCAGGGGGCUAAGCAAUGGCUAAAUUAACUAAAUUGUAGCUGAAAACUCAACAGAAUGUUGAGAUCAGACACAUAAGGUUUGAUUUGUACUUUAUUGCCUGCAUAUUUCUACGUAUGCUUCAUAUAUACAGUAUGUGUGUAUAGAAUUUAUAGACAAAUUUAUGUAUAUGUCAUAUAAAUCCAGAUAUAUUUAUAUAUGAUACAGGAACUAAUAUAUAUAUAUAUAUAUAUAUAUAUAUAUAUAUAUAUAUAUAUACUGGUUUAUGUAGCGAUUGUGAGAUACUGUGAUAUUACAUAAGCAGAUGGAUCAUGUCUACUGGGAAGAGGAGGCAUGUGUCUGUAUGAUUUGCAUUAACCGAUUGCCUGCGACUUAUUUAGCUGUGAUCUUGAUGGGAUAAAGCACAGAAAUGUUUCACUCCAUAGCUGCCUCGUUGAUUAGUGAAAUAUCCUUCAUCACAAGCUAAGAUUUUGGGGGAUUUGUCUUAGUGCAGUGAAAUGGUAUUUUCCGUUUGAGUAUACUAAACAAGACAGACUAGACUAGUAUACUAGUCCAGUAGGUCUGAGGAAUCCUUAACCAUCAUUUUGCAGAGUUGUUUCUAAUGGUACUGUUAUUGAAGUAUAGUGAAUUGCAAGCUCUUCGGUACGCCGUGAUGGUAUAGUAAUACUAAUUUAGCUUAAUUCCGCCUUAUACUAACCUGUGAUUUUAUCAUUGCUGUGCUUUGAUGUCUAAUGACUAAUUAAAAAAAAAUAACAGUAAAACAUUAACAGUAUAUUUUGUGCUUUGUGCUCUUAUUGUGCAAAUGUAGUUAAAAUUAACUUCAUAUUAUUAUACAGGAUUUUUGCAAGUUUUCAUGCAGUUUGCUUCACAGGAAAUUCACCCGGGUGCAAAGUUGGUGUGUCCUUCUAGUACCUUAGCGCCACUGAAUGACACAGUGCCUGGCAAAUUGGCCAAGCUGGCUCAAAUUAUACAUGCCAACAGUGACAAAGUUCCCAUAGACUGCUUUCUUAGUGCUGUAUAUAUGGGCAAACCUAUGUGGCUUCAUAAAUAGCUGUUUAUGAUGGCAUGCUAUGAUGGCAUGCUCUUUUCAUGUACACCCUCAUCACCAAUAAUACAGAUUGCAUCACUAGUACAUAAUCACACUAGUCCCACCACUCGCUGUGCCCUCUGGACCCCAUCUAGAUACAUGCCAAGUAUGUUCUACAUGGGUUUUCUGAGCAUCACGGUAAAUGUUGUCAGAAACAAUUGGGGUAACAAUUUUAUCUAUCAAUGCCUUAUGGUAUUCUACUUCCCCUGCCAUCAGAGACAGGUGCAUUGAAGAGUUUUGUUGACUAACUCCUACAGUCCUCAGCCAUUGUUCGAGCUGCAGGUGUGUAGGUCAGUGCAGUCAAACAUAGCUGAUUCCACACUCAUUGCACCUGGGAUUGUGAAAGUACAGCUCCCUGGAGGAGAGUCAAUCACUGACUCAUGCAAGUUAUUUUUACUCUAUUGCUUGAUAGUGACACCAAACUAUCUUACUACUACAAUUUAAUUAAUUACGCUGCAGAUAAGCACGGUUAAUAUCCUGAUGAAUCAAAGAAUAACUUCAUAUAUUGAGGACAGCAGUGGCAGGUGCUACUGUAGAUGUUUAUCAGCUGCCAUCAAGCCGACAAACUACAUACAUGUCACGUAACAUGCAGUCAUGUAGCAUGACAGACUCCAAUGUGCACGUAUGUAUACACCCAUAUACAAUGUGCAUUUACUUGUUGGGUCUCAUUGGACACAUGUGCAUUUGCAUCAUGGAGUCUGGUUUGAGAAAGGGAUACGAGAUAUUUUGUAUCAAGAGUUCUCAUUUUCUCAAUAUACAAAACCCAUAUUGCUAUAAUUACACCUAUAAAGGGUAGUUUCUAUAGAUUAUUAUUAUUAUUAUUAUGAUUAUUGCCAUAGGAAAGGAGCCACCCGCGAGAGUCCUGCAAGCGCGAGUUGGCUGUACGGGUGCGAGCAGCAGUCAGGAGGUGGUCACGGGCAGAGCGGAGGGAACGAGGCGGGGCAUACCUAUGGAUCAUUGAGGAGAUAUAAGAGGGGCUAGAAUUGUUCAGUGCUUUAAAUGUAUGGGUUAGCACUUUGAAUUGACUCCUAUAGGAUACCGGGAGCCAAUGUAAGGACUGGCAGAGGGGUGAUGUGUGAAGAGGACCGACUAGAGAGGAAAAUCAGUCUAGCUGCAGCAUUCAUUACAGACUGUAGUGGGGCAAUACGGCUUUAGGGGGGAGACCAAUCAGGAGAGGGUUACAGUAAUCCAUGCGGGAAAUUACUAGAGCAUGGACAAGCUCUUUGGUCGCAUCUUGCGUAAGAAAGGGGCGGAUGCGGGCUAUGUUUUUGAGUUGGAACCUACAGGAUUUCGCAACAAACUGGAUGUGAGGCUCAAAGGUGAGGCCAGAGUCAAGUAUGACGCCAAGACAGCGUGCUUACAAGGAUGGACUUAUGUUGAAAUCACUGACUUGAAGGGAGAGCGAGAGAGGAGGAUCAGUAUUUGGAGGAGGAAAGACAAGGAGUUCAGUUUUAGAGAGAUUGAGUUUCAGAAAGCGUGUGGACAUCCAGUCAGAGAUGGAAGAAAGUCAAGCAGUGACACGUUGCAGGACGGCAGGGGAGAGGUCCGGGGAGGAGAGGCAUAUCUGAGUGUCAUCAGCGUACAGGUGGUAGUUGAAUCCAAAAGAGGCAAUAAGCUUGCCAAGAGAGGCAGUAUAAAGAGAAAAUAGAAGGGGACCAAGGACAGAGCCUUGGGGAACUCCAACCGAGACAGGACGAGGGGAGGAAGUAUGCUUGGGAAAGGAGACACUGAAUGAGCGUUGGGAGAGAUAGGAGGAAAACCAAGAGAGGACAGAGUCACAGAGACUGAGCGAUUGAAGAGUUUGAAGGAGGAGAGGCAGCAGAGAGGUCAAGGAGAAUUAAUAUGGAGUAGUGACCUUUGGAUUUAGCUGCGAUUAGGUCAUUAGUGACUUUGAUGAGAGCAGUCUCAGUAGAGUGGAGAGGGCGGAAGCCAGACUGAAGAGGGUCAAGGAGAGAGUUGGAAUUGAGGAAGCGAGACUCACGGGCAAAGACAAGUCUUUCCAAAAGCUUUGAUGAGAAAGGAAGCAGGGAUAUUGGACGAUAGUUAGAAGGGAAGGAUGGGUCAAGAGAUAGACCAAUUCAGUGAUUUAUCUACAAGAGAUCUGAGAUCAGGGUAGUUAACACAAUAACAUAUUAUCACUGUGACCAUAGAUGGAAGAUCCCAUAGUAAAAAGAAAAAUCCUAAAAUAUGCCUUUCAGUGCAUAUCCUCAUUAACAUAAAUUAAAUCUGUAAAACUGUGUAGUUUGCCUAGUAUACUUUCAAUUGGGACCUUUCAUUUGUUGUGGGAAUUCUUAUGAAGUGAGGAGUCACUAUAAGUUGUAACACAAAUUGUGUGGAUUCCAGAGAGGAACGUCUAAAGAAGAACCCCUGGAGAAACAGAGGUCAUUGCCAAAAAGUAAUUAUGCGUAGUAAAAACGCAAAGCAGCAGUGGUUGGCUAAUCAUUUGGUGCACUGGAUACCCAGUAUCUGGGAUACUAAGUUCCAGAGUGUAUUAGUGUAUUAGUCCUACAUACUACCAACGAUGAUGCCAUAUCUGCCCUGGAAUUUGGAGUGACUGAUUAUUCUACGUAAUUUACCUUUCUGUGUUUCACACAACCUAGGGUUGUUACAGAAAGCCUGCAUAACUACAGGGCCACUGUUUAUUACUAACUCUGAGUUUCCUGUCGUGGUCUUUGGACCUUCUUCAGCUACUAAACCUGAUCCCCAGGCCAUGGUAUUCAGGAAUGUUUUUCACUACUGCUAAUUGUCUUGAUAAACUAUUUUGCUGUUUGUUUACAGAAGACGUAGUAGACUACAUGCCUACGGUAUGCAGUGAUAGAUAAUAAAUGUAAAAAUGUAAUUACUUCCCUUUUUUACUUUCAGUUGUAGAAAAAGGAUUCCUCUUAAUCCUCAACAAACAGAUAAAUAUAUACAAUACAGAGAAAAAACACCAUAUAGCAAAAAAGAGGCCCCUAAUGUUUGAAAUGCACUCACAAGAUGCCUACAGGUACAAUCUCCUCAUACAAAUGGAUGUUUGGAAAAAAACACCUGUUCUCCAAGCACAACACAAAUACACAGCAUUGUUCACAAGGUGAUUGUUUCAGCCAUAGAACACUGGAAGUUUUUUUUCACUAAACACCAGAUUUUGUCUGGAUGUCUGAAUUUCAACUGUGCCCACAGCCCCCACCCAUGAGCAGUGGGUGAGGGCAACUAAAAAAAUCAAAAGGAGGGGGUACUAAAGCAAACAGCUGUUGUCCACCAUUCCACCUAAUCCAUGGGCUUUGGGUCAGAGGGUGUUAAUGCCACAAGGGGGUGGACACAAAUGGCGGCUGAAAAAAAGCUUUACAAAAAAAAUGUACCUGUUUGUGCUCAGUGAUGACUCAGCUCCGACUGAGAUUUUAACAUGGGAAAAGCCUUUAUAAUAAAUGGCUUGAGGCAACAAACACUGCAGAGAUGCGCAAAAUCUUGCACGAAACACGCCAGAAUCGAAUCAGCAAAUCCCUCUGUAAGUCCCUAUCUGUAUGUAAUUUUACUUAAAUAAAAUUUAGUUUUUCCCCUUUUUCUGUGGAUUAAGUCAUUUUCCUACAUGAAAUCCAACAGUUCAGCCCAAUGUCAGGAAAAAAACUUUAUAAUGGUUUUCCCAUGCUUUGAAAUGUCACUAGUGCUCUGAUUGGUUUGCUCACAAGCAGGGACAGUCCAGUUUUGUGUUUCUAAAGCCCCACAAGAAAGAUGGGGGCACGCCAGUUGUAAAUUGUUUCAUACCAGUUUGUCUGUGUUCAUCUCGAAAGAGACGAAGGACGAACUAUGAGAUGUAAUUCUUUUUUCAUAUUUUGCAGGUAUGUUUAAUAAUACAAAAAAAAGGGGAGAGAAAAGACUACUGCCGUAGAAAUGAAUGUAUAGAGUUAAAAGAUAACUUUUAAUAAUGAUACAAUUAAAAUAAGGUUGAAAAACAAAUUUGAUUAUUUACACAAAAUCUCGAUAUGCCAAAAGGGAAUAAAGAGAAAUACACAAAUGACAAACAAGUGGUUGUUAUAUCUAGAUUGUUACAAAUUAAUCACUUGAUACAUAAUCGACAGACAAGUGGUUAUAGUAUCUAAAUUGCUGCAAAUUGAAAGCUUCACUUUACUUAUGCCACAGUGCAACAAAAUGUUAGUGUUGCUAUAUAGGUUCAAAUAUUAGUUUUGUAAUACGCCUGUGAACAGAGAUAUCACAUCAAAGGUAUACUGAACCUAAAACUGUCUGCACCUUCCUAAAAAUUCAAGGAGGGGUAAAGCAUAAAGUCUGUCUCAUAUAUAUUGUGUAUCUAUAAGAGGUAGACAGGAACAAAGAUAUAGAUAUAAAUUGAUUUGGAAUUAUAUAUGUCCAAUAUUAUCAUCAUGGAACUAAGCAAAAUUAAUUAGUCAAAUUCCCAAUGUAAGACAAUAAAAUGUAUUCCAAAAAUCUGUCUGUGCCUUCAUGAGCACCUACCUCAAAUAGAAAAACUAAACUAGCUAGCUAUACAAAGCCCUAAAAGAAGGGAGAGAGGAGGAAUCAAAGGAAAAAAGAAGUGAAUCUACUAAACGCCUUGAUAAGCGUAUGACUGUGCACAAUUACUUAAUAUUAUAAUCGCAGAUCACUUCUUUACUAUUUGAUUGCUAGUGGUAGAACGAACGAAAGCAGAUACUUUUAUAUAGAUCAUUAUAAUUUCUGUCUAGAUAAACAAAAGAGUCUAAUUGUACCUUCAUGGGCACCUACCACUGCUGAAAAGGCUAAGCUAGCUAGUAGUAAAAAAAUAAGCCCUGAUAAGCAUACCCAAGCCCCAAGAAACUAUAGUCAGAAAAUUGCUGAGCGGUACUGAUUAAAUCCCACCCGAAAGUAUAAUAAUUGGUAGUUAUAUCCAGGCUAAGGUAAUUCAAAAAAGGGAGCGAUUUCCCAAAAAAAAAACGACGCGUGUUUCGCCGGUAAGGCGGCUUUUCCCCUUGAAAAAACACUACAGGCUGAUCCAACUUUGAUGUAAUGUCCUUAAAACAAGUCAAAAUGAGGUUCAGUAGUGUGUGUGGCCUCCACGUGCGUGUAUGACCUCCCUACAAUGCCUGUGCAUGCUCCUGAUGAGGUGGCGGAUGGUCUCCUGAGGGAUCUCCUCCCAGACCUGGACUAAAGCAUCCACCAACUCCUGGACAGUCUGUGGUGCAAUGUGACGUUGGUGGAUGGAGCGAGACAUGAUGUCCCAGAUGUGCUGACCCAUUACUGACCCACUGCCAAACCCAGGGACGUAUUAGCCGCGAGGCAAACAAGGCAUUUGCCUUGGGCUGCAUUUUUAAGGGGGCGGCAAAAAACGCCGCCCCCAAAUGCCCAGGGCAAAUGCCUAGUUAGCUUUGCGGCUGACAGGCAUGCUGGGCUGGCUGGUGGGCGGCGCUGGCCAGGCGGCUGGCGAGGGAGCACUUCCUCUGAGCUGUCUGCUCAGCUCCCUUGCGCGCUGCAGAGUGAGGCUGGGAGCCGGGUUGAUGACGUCAUAUUCCGGCUCCCAGCCUCACUCUGCGGCGCGCAAAGUGCUCUCUCGCCAGCCGCCCACCUGCCCGCCCGCCCAGCAGCCACUGGACCCCCUGGGAGAUAAUGAACCCCUUCCCCCCCAGCACUCCCAAUGGUAAGGAGGCUGGGGGGGUUAAAUAAUAAAAAAAAAAAGUGUUAAUGUGAGUGACUGUGUGUGUGUGUGUGUCUGACUGUGUGCGUGUGUGUGUCUGACUGUUUGUGUAUUUGUGUCUGACUGUGUGUGUGUGUGUCUGACUGUGUGUUUGUGUCUGACUGUGUGUGUGUGUGUGUCUGACUGUGUGUGUGUGUGUGUAUUUAGAAGGUGGGGCGGGGGGGAAGGGUUGGGUGGGGGCGCCUGAGUUUUGUCCUGCCUAGGUCAGUACAAAACCAGGAUACACCACUGGCCAAACCGGUCAUGCUGGAGGAUGUUGCAGGCAGCAGAACGUUCUCCGUGGUGGCUCCAGACUCUGUCACGUCUGUCAUAUGUGCCCAGUGUGAACCUGCUUUCAUCUGUGAAGAGCACAGGGCACCAGUGGCGAAUUUGCCAAUCUUGGUGUUCUCUGGCAAAUGCCAAACGUCCUGCACGGUGUUGGGUGCACCAUCAUGGAGUCUGUUUCUGACCAUUUAAGCAGACACAUGUACAUUUGUGGCCUGCUGGAGGUCAUUUUGCAGGGCUCUGGCAGUGCUCCUCCUGUUCCUCCUUGCACAAAGGCGGAUGUAGCGGUCCUGCUGCUGGGUUGUUGACCUCCUACGGCAUCCUCCACAUCUCCUGAUGUACUGGCCUGUCUCCUGGUAGUGCCUCCAUGCUCUGGACACUAUGCUGACAGACACAGCAAACCUUCUUGCCACAGCUCGCAUUGAUGUGCCAUCCUGGAUGAGCUGCACUACCUGAGCCACUUGUGUGGGUUGUAGACUCCGUCUCAUGCCACCACUAGAGUGAAAGCACCGCCAGCAUUCAAAAGUGACCAAAACAUCAGCCAGGUAGCAUAGGAACUGAGAAGUGGUCUGUGGUCACCACCUGCAAAAGCACUCCUUUAUUGGGGGUGUCUUGCUAAUUGCCUAUAAUUUCCACCUUUUGUCUAUCCCAUUUGCACAACAGCAUGUGAAAUUGAUUGUCACUCAGUGUUGCUUCCUAAGUGGACAGUUUGAUUUCACAGAAGUGUGAUUGACUUGGAGUUACAUUGUGUUGUUUAAGUGUUCUCUUUAUUUUUUUGAGCAGUGUACCUUGCAGAAGUCUCCUGUGUGUGACUAAAGUUUCAAUUUGCAAAUAAAGAGACAAAACAUCUAAAGCAAGUUAACAUCUGAAAAUUAAAACAUUUCCCCUGUGCAGGCUGUGUCAGUCACAUUUACUGUGUGACUAGGGGCUGCAUGGACAGAAUGGACAGUGAUUUAACUCCUAUAUGGCAAAGAAUUGAGCAUUGAGACCUGAGAGGCAUGAUUCAUACACUAAAACCGCUUCAUUAAGCUAAGGUUCUUUUGGUGACUAUAAUGUCCUUUUAAUUUAAUGCCAGGUUUAGCUGAAUUAUAAGAACUAGACAUUAAAAUUGAAAUUAAAGAAUUUUGUUUAAGAAAUUGUAUAUAUCAUAUAUUUGAUUCAUAUAAUUGUGACAUGUUUGGAAGUAAAUACAUCAAAAAGUGUCUCUGCAUUAUAUAGAUCAUUUCAUGCAGGUGAUAUCUUCCAUUUACUGUUUCCUUUAAUAUAAACUUCCAAAGUAUUCUUCUUAUGAGUAGAACUAUCAUGUAAGAAUUGUUGUUAUGUUAAACAUCAAAAUGAUUGGCAUGUAUUGCACAGUAACAAGUUGCAUGACUGAAUCAAUAACGCUCUUAGUUUUCUGUUGUGUAUUGAUAUGUAGCAUAUUGUUCACCAUGUUUUAUUUUGUACCAGACAACAAGCUGUCAAAGUUUGGAACAGACAUUUUACCAGGAUUGUUAAUUAGAAUUAUUUCACUCCAAGGACUGCUACGUCCGCCUGGGCUCCAAUCGAUUUUCAGUUUAUGUUGCGGCUGAAAACAUUCAUAAUAUGCAUAGUAAUAUAGGUUGAGAAAAAAAAAUUAAAACCAUUAAGGUCAUCUGUUCAUGCAUGCCUUUUGUUGCUGUUGACCCAAAGGAAGGCAAAGAAAAUUCUGUCUUGAAGUGAUUUACAGGGGUGCGCCAAACUGGAAUUUAAAUCCUCCUUGACCACAAUAUGGCACCAGAAAUGUCUCCCUGGGCCAACAAACUAUGAUUAAUAAGGUCAAGUUUAAUUUUCAUAGACUAGCAAAUCCCCGAAAAUUAAGUUAAAUGGUGUACAUGCAAAUUUUCAUAGGUACCUCCCUAUAGUUGGAACUUUCCCUCCUCACCUAUCUACCUUACUGAGGUUCCACUCAGUUCUACCCCCUUUCAGUUCUUCCUACCUUCUUAGACAUUAUUUGUCCCUUCUGUUUUGUUUUCCUUCUUUGAAACUGUCUCUAGACAUUUAGCCAGCUACUCCUUAAGCACCGCAAAUGUGCGUAAAGCAGGUUCAGUUUAUCAUGAAUGUAAAUAUUGUACCUGAGUGUAACAUGACCACAAUGCUCUAAAAACUUUCCUUCUUAUACCAAGACUUCAGCUGUGCCCAAAUUUCUGUGAUCUCGUACUGCCGUUUUACUAUUAGAUGUAGCACAUUUAGUCCCUGUGAACCCAUUCUUUAGGACCUUUUCACCGUCAACAGCCUUUAUUACUGUUACAGUAUGGUUCAAUGGUCAUCUCCUACUACUCCCAAUAAUCUUUUCCCUUGUUCAGAGAAGUGGUGAAUACAAACAAUGAAUAAAAGGCAAAGUGUUUGGUUGAUAUGAUUAGAGAUCAGCGGUUUGACCUGUCUGUCCUCUUAAUAAUUUAGUCCCCGACCACCGUAACCUGUCUUCUCUUUCCUGCAUUCUGGAUCCAAUCCAUGCUAAAAUUCCUCUAGCACAGCUGCUUUGUAACCAUCAUUCUUGCCAUCUCCACUCAGCUCUUCUGAAGUGGAGGCAUUCAGAACUGGCCACUCUCUUCCCUCCCUCUUGCAAGUGCACCUUCCUCUUCCCUCCGUCUUGAACUACGACUCUACCUGUUCUAUAUUUUUGUGAUCUGAGAUAUUUCUACGUGCAUUACUAGAUGUCUCCUUUAAGUUCUGGCCAGUGAGCAAUGUGCCCCUUCCAUUGCUAUCAGUCUGCCUCAGUAUUAGAAUUUAUCUCUGAAUAUUUAUCUCUGAAUAUUAUGCGCAAUAUUUGAGUGGCCUCACCACCAUACUUACAAUCCUUGUUAAGCUUUUAUUUUUACCAUAUGGAUAGCAGAGGAUAAGGUCCCUAACAUGAAGGCACCUUGACAGCACAAGCAGUGCAAGCAAAGAUGUCAUGUCUUAGUCACAGUAACAUAGAAGGGUAGAUGGAGUUUUCAGAGAAUUAAUCCUGCCACUGAACAUGCCACUGUUAUUUACUAAAGUACAGUGAGAUAAGGUAGUGGUAGGCUUACUAUGGAGUCAAAUUGCUGCUGACACCUUCAAUACUGUGAAAUCGACACAUGAAGAUGAAGAGCUAGGGUGGCUUUGUACAACCAAUUCAACGUGUCAACCAGUGGUCAGAGACUCAUAGCUAAAUGUGUGCUCAUGCCAUACAAACACCUGGAAGGAUAAUGAAGAAGUGAAAUUUACUUAUUAUGAUGAAUUUAAGAUGGUUUGUGGGGUGUGAAAGCGAAUCUUUCCAUUUUUGCAUAAAUAUGUGAAAAGAGUUUAUUCAAAAACCAAAGUCCUGCACUCAUCAUCUUGUAGCACCAUAACCAGUAUGAUAAGUUGUAGCACGUACGUUCCCCUAAUUUAGGAGAAGUAGACUGCUUUACUGUAAAUUGUCAAUCACGUAUGUAUGGAAUGUUUAUAAGCACAGAGUAUUUUACUCGGGACUUUCAGAACUUUUCCAGAAAGCACACAUCCACCGGGGAGAUAAUUAAAGUGCUGCUACUCUAUGAGUUUUCCGUUUCAAACUUCCGCUGAUCAUUUCACUGCACUUUCUCCUUUAUAUGCACGUUUUUUUUUUUUCUUGGCUUCAAUAACCAGAGAAAAACAUCUUAGAGAUUUUCAAAAAAUAUGUAAUAUUCAUCAAGUGCAUCUCUCUCCAGGGGUGCUGUUGGCUGACCUUUUCAUUAAAGUAAGGUUUUGUGAGAAGAUGUAAUUGGUUGUGGUUUUUAAUUAUGUUAAAUUUCUAAUCACGGCUUACUAGUUGAAGCCCCAAACAAAAAUGAGUAAAUUCUUACUUUAUGGACAGAAUAUAUUUUCAGUGUUUCCCAUUCGUACACAUGUUAACAUGUUCAGAGGGUAACGUGUCUGCAUGGACUUGUUUUUUACAUUUUUUUUUUUAUGAAUGUAAUAUCUCCAUGAUAAACUUAAAAAGAAAGGGGUCAACUCUGAUCUACUGUGACCAUUUAAGGAGCCAUGAGAGGAGAUACACAUCGAGAAUGCAAUGUGGUCCCAGCAAACUGAUGGUCUAGGUAGAAUUAACAGUAGAUGCAAAAUGGCAAAUAUAGCCAAACAUAUGUUACUACUCAUAUUAUCCUUGAGGCCAUGUAACCAAUGAGAAUUUGGGGGGAAAUAAGUCCAUUGUGGAUAUCAUUUUAUCAUUCUGUAUACAAUAUAUCUAAAUUAAAAUGCAGUGAAAAUGGCCGAAUUCCGACCAGAAUGGUAAUUCUCAUAUUAACUAAAGCCAAAUCCAGUUGGAAUUCAUCCGGUUUGAGGGAAUCUGCAACACUUGCUUGAGUGUAGUCAGUGUCCGGAUUAAAAUCCGUGCUUUUGGCAUCUGAAUCCUUUACAAUGUAUAGGAUUCUGUAUAUUCACAAAGCACCAAUUUUAAGCAAAAUCAGGUCCAAUUACACCAGCAAUAAAAUGACACAAAUAAUUGCUGCAUCAAAUUUGCCCUUUUAAUUACAUUUCUUUUUGUUCUACAUCUCUUAAUUUUGUGCCCAUUUUCCAGUGCCUGUCAUAUUCAGUCAUACGUUCCCAUCUUAGUGCAUCCUUUUGUCUAACAUCUUUUAUUUGGAAACAUGUCUGUUUGUUGGUGAUGGGUCUGAAGAUCUUUAUACAUUUAGAUGGAAUCAUUUUGUAUCAUUGGCAGUUAGCAAAGGUUGUCAGAAUACAGUUCUUAAUGGGUAUUAAUGGGUUAGAACUUCACAAUAACCAUCACACUUCCCCUGCCGCAUUAGUUUGAAUUUUCCUCAGAAUUUACCCCUUAUUAUUAUUAUUAUUAUUGUUAUUAUAAUGUUGUUAUUAUUAUGUUAUUAUUUAUAUAGCGCCAACAAAUUCCGCAGCACUUUACAGUGGGUGGACGAACAGACAUGUAGUUGUAACCAGACAAGUUGGACACACAGGAAGAGAGGGGUUGAGGGCCCUGCUCAAUGAGCUUACAUGCUAGAGGGAGUGGGGUAAAGUGACACAAAAGGUAAGGAUAGUAUUAGACUAAUACAGUUGCAAGAAAGGAAUCAGUCGGGAGCUAUUAACAGUUUAAUUGAUAUGCUUUUAUGAAGAAGUGGGUUUUUAAUGAUUUUUUGAAGGUUGGAGACUGGGUGAGCAUCUAACGGAGGAAGGAAGUGAGUUCCACAGGAACGGUGCAGCCCUAGCGAAGUCUUGAAGGCAAGUAUCAGAGGUGGUGAAAGCUUUUUUUCAGGACAUCCCUUCUUGCUCUUUGGGCACAUUUUCUUUUUUAUUUUAGACAUUUCAUACAAAGUCCUUACAUUGUGCCUUUAAUUGCCUUGUACUAGCCUUUUCCAAACUUGUUUGUGAGUUGGUGUUAUGGUAACCGUAGAAUGGUAUAGAAUACGGGCAUCUUCCAGGAGCUAGCCUCCACAGCUGCAGGUCUUACAAUGUACUUUCCGUUACCAGGAUACCUGUGGAGAUUUGCAUGUGAUUUUCAUGGACGUUGUUCUGAAGUAAACAUUUACUGCAGUCCUCCAAGGGAGCUCAGUGAUGUGCUGAAUGAUGUUCUUAUUAAAAUAAAACCCACGUUUUCAGCAGCUUAACUGGAUAAUUAUUAGAAAGACACAUUGCAUUCAUGUGCCAUAGCAGUCUUGCAGGGAAAUGGCCGCUACAGUACAUAUGUGAUCAGUGGUCGUUGCUGAAUAAGGUUUAGUUUAGAGAAUAUACAUUUUCAGGACACAUUGUUAAUGGGUGUUAUAAGCAGUAUUUGUGUUUUAGCAUACUAAAAUGUGAAGCUGUGUCUUAAUAAUUAUCUACAAAAUGUGUCCAGUUUUGCUAUUAUAUAAGUGUAGAUUAUUUAAAACUAUGAACGUCCUUUCCUGGAAACAGUACCAGAUUUUUAACUGCCUUUUCCUGCUACGUAACGUGGCUGAUUGCUGAGGUCAUCCAAAAAUCAAGUAUAAUGUAUUGUAUAAUGAGUUGUAAAAAAAAAGGCUAAAAUAGCAUAAACUGCUGUAAAACAGCCAUCAGAGAGACAGGGCCUCAACUAAAGUAGUACCUGUGUUAUUAGAUUGAUUUUAAUCUGGACAUUUAAAGAAAAAAAAUAUUACAAAAAAAAAAAAAAAAGAUUUUAAUAAGAGCAUUUAAAGAAUAAACUCUCUUUAGAAAACCCACAUGGCAUGACAAGAUUGACUGUAAUAGAGCAAUGGUCUUCCCUAACUACAUUUUUCAAGUGAUGGUACUGGCAGCUAUAUGAUUAAAUACCUUCCAAUUGUCCCUAUUUAGGAAAAACAGUCCCUAAUUUGGACACAAAGCCCUUUGUCCCUCUUUCUAUCCUAAUAUCACUCAGCAGUGCUAUAUACUUAGAAAUCAAUCUGUGUAAAGAAGAUACAUUGUUUUUGUUCUAAAUUACAUUUUAGUUGCAUAAAUUGUUUUUAGUAAAUCACCUAAAAUUACUCAGAACAGCCCUAACCCUGGCCACACCCACUGUCACACUCCUAAAUUCUUUUGUCCGUUUAAAAUGUUGGGACGUAUGUGACUCCAUAGUUUAAAAGAAAUCUCAGUUUUUCUAAAGCUUUAAAUGUUGGGGUAUAUCCCUUAUCUGCCGACUUAGCAACCCUUACUUCAUUUAAAUAAUUCUAGAAAUUUGUUCCCCAUAUGCAACAAUGAACCUUGGUUGCCCAUGACCCUGAUGCCGGUUCACCGGUUGUCCUUCCUUACACCACUUUUGGUAGGUACUAUUCAUUGCAUCCUGGGAACAACUCACAAGACUUGCUAUUUCGAAGAUGUUCUAACCCAGUUGUCUAGCCAUCACUAUUAGAGCCUUGCCAAAGUCACUCAGAUCUUUUCACUUGCCCAGAUUUCCUGCUUCCGACACAUGACAUUCAAAAAUGGACUGUGCACUUGCUGACUAAGAUAUCUCACCCAUUGGCAUGUACCAUUGAAUGAUAAUGAUAUAACCAACGAUAUUCACUUCAGCUGUCAAAAAAGCACCAUGUAUUGCUAUAUUCCCCAUGAUAACUAUUCAUGUAGCUUAUUUGGUUUGUGUAUCAGCUGCAAUGUUUCUAACCCUUUGCAGGGUAUUUGCUAACUGAUGAUGACUGUGCAUUCUGAACCUCUCAUCAUUAUGAAUAACAUUUGAGGCUGGUGGGUUUUGUAAAAAAAUUUUCUUCCCAUUAUAGUAAAAUUAAUUUAAUUGCUACACAAUCACAAAAUUUGAAUUUUAAUAAGUAUUUAUUUUUCCCCAAAUAACUUGGCAGAAGAAGUGGUGAGUUCUCUAAUCUCUUCCUCUGUUUUUAAGAUAUAAAUUGAAGACUGAGAUUUACUGUAGGUGUUAGUACCGCUAAUCCUGACACUUGUAGCCAUUCCAGGCUAAGGGGAAAGAGAGAUAGGAGAAAGGCAUUGUGUGUUUGCCAGCAUCGUUACAGAUUGCAAGUGAGAGAAAAGAGAAUCACAAAGUUCCCAAGAUUAUUUGAAGCAUGUAAGUUGGCACGCAGCAACGGACGAAACUUUGUAACCAUGGCAGCUAUCUUCCUUCAGCAGGAGCCCACUCAUUCAGCUAGAGAUGGAGAUCUGAAUCACAGGAUUUUCUAGUAAUUCACACAACAGCAAAACGCUUUCAUUAGAACUGAUACAAGGUUAUUAGCGAUGCAUUAAGGGUUUACAUACUGAUUUAGGAUCAACAAUACAUACACACUUCAUCACACCAUCUCUUACAUGUGAUACAGGUCUGCGUGUAAUGAGAAGGAAUGUUAUGCUCCAACAAACCGAGGCUUCUGGUGUGACCCGGAAUCACAGACUGGUCAAGAUGUUAUGGCGUUCUUAUUUGUAAAAGCCAGGAUGGUUUGGGCAAGGGUUUGUUUGUCAGUGGAUUAAAGGAGAGGAAUACUUAUGUAUCUCUUUCAGAUGAGCGUCCAUUGCAAUUAGCUGUGAAGUUUGAACCUUAAAGGACCACUAUAGUGCCAGGAAAACAAACUAAUUUUCCUGGCACUAUAGGGUCUUUAGGCCCCCAACCCUCAGGGUCCCACUCUCGCCGGGCCGAAGGUAGAGGAUGGGAUUAAACUCUUACCUUUCUUCAGCGCUGGAGAACUCUCCUCCCUCUUCCUUCGUCAGCGCUGAAUGCGCAUGCACAGCAAGAGCCGCACGCACAUUCAAACAGUCCAUAGGAAAGCAUUUCUCAAUACUUUCCUAUGGACGUCAGCAUCUUCUCACUGUCAAUGAGACAGCCAUUAGAGGCUGGAUUAACCCAUUUGUAACCAUAGCAGUUUCUCUGAAACUACUAUGUUUACAGCUGCAGGGUUAACCCUAGAUGAACCUGGCACCCAGACCACUUCAUUGAGCUGAAGUGGUCUGGGUGCCUAUAGUGGUCCUUUAAUGCCUGUCUGUGCUCAUUUGCAUGUCAACAUUUUUUAAUUAGAUCAGUUCCAUAAAUGUUUAAGAAUACAUAAUCCUCUUUUUGUAAAUCAGGACUGCAGUAGGAAGCACAUCUAGUGGAUCUCUGAAUGACAGUCACCAGAGGCAGGGCCGGACUGGGAGAAAAAUUCAGCCCGGACAUUUUUUUAGCACAGCGGCCCACUAAGAAGGGGGCGGGGCAGAGAGGGUGUGUUUCGUCAUCACCAAAGACAAACACGCCCCCUCUCAAAGUGAGCGUUGGGUCAAUGCUCUUCCAGGGCAGAGCUCUGCUAAAGAGCUCUAGCAUGAGAAGAAAAAAAAACCUGUAUUUGUUCUGCACAGUGCAAGCAAAUUUAAUAACAUGCUUGCAUUGUGUUUCCUUGAAACUUGUCUCUGGUGUCUCUAUAAAUGGAUACCAGGAGACAAAAGGGCAAGGAAAGCGUAUUGUGCAUGUGUAUGGAGCCUGCUUUGGGAUUGUGUGUGUGCAGAGUGAGCUGGUCGUGGUUUGGUAUUGUGUAAUAAGGUUGGUUUUAGUCGUGUUGUGUUUGUGGUGUAAUGUAAUGCAUAUGUGGCUAGGAGCUGAAGAGAAUGUGUGUAUAGGGGAUGUAGUAAAUGUAUGCACACAGGCUAUAGUGUGUGUGUGUAUAUAGGUGAUGUAGUGUUUGUAGGGGUUGUAGAGAGUGUGCGUUUAGGGGUGUAGCAUGUGUUUGUUUACAAGGAAUCUAGUGUGUGUGUAUCAGGGAUCCAAAGUGUGUAUGUUAGGAAUGUAGUGUGUGUAGGUGGUGCAGUGUGUGUGUGUGUGUAUACAGGAGUCUAGUGUGUGUUUGAAGGACCCAGAAUGUGUAUGAGAUCUAGUGAGUGUGUGUAUAUAACGGAAUCAGAGUGUAUAUAGGGAUUUAGUGUGUGUAUAUGAUCCAUAGUUGGGCAAGGGAUAUAGUGUGUGUCUGGAAUGUAAUAUGUUUAGCGGUGCAGUAUGUGUGUGAGCGGUUCAGUGUGUGUGAACGGUGCUGUGGUGUGUGUGUGUAUAUAUAUAUAUAUAUAUAUAAAAUAUAUAUAUAUGUUUGGAAGUAUUGUGUGUGUGUGUGUGUUUAGUGCAGUGUGUUGGGGUUCUGCGUGUAUGUGUGAGGGGUGCAGUGGGUGUCUGUGAGGGGUGUAGUGUGUAUGAAGGGUGCAGUAUGUGUGUGUGAUGGAUGUUGUGUUUGAGGGGUGCUGUGUGUGAAGAUGCUGUGUAUGUUGUGUUUAAGGGUGCUGUAUGUGGGUGCUGUGUUAAAGGGUGCAGUGUGUGUGAUUUGUGUGUGUGUGUGAUGUGUGUGAAAGUGCUGUGCUGUGUGUGAGAGUGCUGUGUGUGAUGUGUGUGAGAGUGCUGUGUGUGAGAGUGCUGUGUGUGAGAGUGCUGUGUGUGAUGUGUAAGAGUGCUGUGCUGUGUGUAAGAGUGCUGUGUGUGCUGUGUGAGAGUGCUGUGAGUGAGAGUGCUGUGUGUGCUGUGUGUGAGAGUGCUGUGCUGUGUGUGAGAGUGCAGUGUGUGUGAUGUGUGUGAGAAUGCUGUGCUGUGUGUGAGAGUGCUGUGUGUGAUGUGUGAGAGUGCUGUGUGUGAGAGUGCUGUGUGUGCUGUGUGUGAGAGUGCUGUGUGUGAGAGUGCUGUGUGUGAGAGUGCUGUGUGAGUGCUGUGUGUGCUGUGUGUGAGAGUGCUGUGUGUGAAUGUUAAAAGUGAUUGUGUGUUGGGAGGGUAAAAAAAAACAACAACAAAAAUGCAUUAUAUCUGCCCCCCCCCCCCUUACCUUUUGCCUGGGAGGGGUCCGGCACGGUGGUAGCUGGGAGGAGGGGGACCGGCACACUCACAUCAUCCCUGGUGGUCCAGUGGAGUUCACUCUCGCGAGAUCUGGCGCGUUGCCAUGGCAACGCUCCGGAUCUCGCGAGAGAAACCCGGCGGAGCUGCAAGUUAGAGCUCCGCCGGGUCCUCUCCCUCCCUCCCCAGCCGCAGGUCUGUUUAAAUGGGCCGGUGAGGGAGAUCUUUGAUCUCCCCACCGGCCCUCCAUGGAAGACAGCGGGGCCGGCGCUCGGAUAGUGCCGGCCCUGCAGGAGCCGGCCGGGGAGAUCCUGUGACCUCCCCUGCCGGCCUCGGCCCCACGGCCACCGCGGCCCACCGGGCAUUUGCCCGGUGUGCCCGAUGGCCAGUCCGGGCCUGACCAGAGGUGCCUUUUCAGGGUUUACAUUGGCCAACCGCAGAGACAGUUGUUUCACAUCAAAAGCACUACAUUAAGCUGUAGUGAUUUUAUUGCUUAGGGUGUGCCGUAAAGAGAGACUAUAGACACCAAAACAACUUGAGCUUAAUGAAGCAGUUUUGAUGUAUAGAUCAUGCGCCUGCAGUCUCACUGCUCAAUCUCUGCCAUUUAGGAGUUAGAUCAUGCAGUGAGUCACACCUCCCUGCAUGUGACUUACACAGCCUCCCUAAACACUUCCUGUAAAUAUAGGUCUAAUAUUUACACUUCCUUUAUUGCACAUUCUGUUUAACUUAGAAUUUAUCUCCUGUUCUGUUAAUGACAUUCAAGAGUCUGCAGGAGCUUCCUGUGUGUGAUUAAAGUUAAAUUUACAGAGCAGGAGAUAAAAAUUCUAAAGCAAGUUAACAUCUGAUUAAAAAAAUAUAUAACUAUUUUUUCCAUGCAGACUGUAUUAGUCAGGCCACAUUUGGCAAGGGCUGCAUGAACAGAAACAAAAGUGAUAUAACUCCUAAAAGGCAGAUGAUUGGGCAGUGAAACCGCAGGGGCAUGAUCCAUACACCAAUACCACUCUAUUAAGAUAAAGAUUAAGAUUUUGGUGCUCAUGCAGCAGAUAAAGUAGAAAGAGGGUUCAAGAGGUACCCAUACAGUAGACAAAUGGAAAUAAUGAACAGGUUUCAGGCUAUACAUAAGGUUCAGUCGGGUCAUGGCAGAAUAAGGAGGUCGUGGGACAUAAUUCAGCAAUUCAGGAUGCCUGUGCGGUGUGUACACACCAGACCGCACCGCGUUAAAUAAAAUGUAUAUAAAUCUUUUUUCCAUAUAUACUUUUAUAAACAUAUAUAUAUUUUUAACUAUCAAUAAAUCACAUUACAUCACUCAUGGUACAAACAACUUAGUAUUAAAUUAAAUGUAUCCAUAAAUUGGGUUAUCAGAAAUACUAUGCUGGUGGCGUAGAGGUCAAUGGUGACAAAUGAAUGACAAAACAGAGCAGGAGAACCCUUCUGCAGAUGAUUGUCCUACUCUCUGUCACAUGUAUUCCUCUAGCAGGCAUGUCUUGUGCUUGCAAAGGAGAAUAUAGAAAUAGAUUGCAUAUGUCACUUCAUUCUGAUCUCAAUGAGCUAGGAGUAAAGUCAAGGUGUCAGUACCAGGGGGUAGAAUUUAUCUUUUUGGAGAAUUGCUCCCAAGGAGGGCCAGCAGCACCAGGGAGGUGCAAGACCAAGGCUGAAAUGAGAAUGGGCGUUAUAUCUAACAUUCAGAUCUCCAUUCACAGGCUGUCAGGGAAAGUCUCCUGGAGAGUCUCAUGUUAUAUCUUCUACCACGUCACUAUUUGAAUGUAUAGGAUACUUCUGGAUCAAGUUGGUGGUGGGACACAUUGGAUGAACCUGGAUGAUUGACAGUUAGCCUGGCAUGCAUUCAUCCCAGCCUGGCAUAUCAAUUCAUCAUGCGGACCUGCCCCCUUUCUGGGUGAGACUACCCUCUUUGGGCAGUGCCAGCAAGGUGAUCCACGAGAUGCAGAUGUUAGGGGUAUGCAAUCAUGGCAAUGCAGGCACAUUAGACAGGAGGUAAGUAAGGCCAUAACAGCUCCUAAAUCAAUUCAGUGUAUAAUUUAUCUUUCUGAUAAAUUAUAUGUUCAUUGCUUUAGGACCUGUUAUCUGAUAUGGUGAACCUCUGAUUAUGGUUAGUAUUAUCCAGCCUUUUUAUAUAUUUUUUGGCUACCUGUCCUUAAAAUGGAAACCUCGAUGCAGAUUCACCAUCAGCCUAUUAUAGCUAAGCUUUCAGUAUCUGCUAAUAACUGGUUUAAUAAUUUUCUAGCCUCUGAGCAUUCACUGGUUAAAUCCUAUUCGUAGAAUAUGUUCCUUUAUCUCUGUUUUUUUGCAUCUCGUUAGCCAGAUGCCAUGAAUAUAAACCAUUACCAGCUAUUAAAUCACAGAGACUUCAUAAUCCUGAAGAUAAAAAUAGUCAUUAGAAAUUGCUUUCGACUUAUUGCCCUUGGUAAAGGAAAAGCAAAGCCUUACUGACCUAAGGAUUAAAACUAAAGAAUGGAAUAUUACAGUACACAAUGGCUUUCCAAAAAAGCAUAUAAAGCCAUUAAAACAUUUAAAAUGACACACCAAGUCAUUGUUGAACACCAGUUUUUAUGUUGUAUAGAUCAUGCAUAAAAAAAAAAAAAACAAACGUCAUUAUUUUCCGCAAAUCCAGAGAAUUUAAAACUUCUACAAUGAUAACAAUAGAGACCCGGAAGAAGGAGGCAGCACUGCUCCCAGUUAUUAAAGCAGAUCUGUGAAAUCUCUGGUUAGGGUAUGUUGGCUGCGGGAUGCAAUAGAAGGUAGGUUUACAUACAAAUAACUGUCCCUUGCGCCCACUGCCAUCUUUUUCCUUGAGGUCUUCUUCAGUUCCUUGCACUUCACUUCCUAAUAGCCUCAUCAGGGAAAUUUAUGGAGGAUCCUAUGAUAGCGCAGGAGCUUCCACAGAUGACAUCUUGCGAUGAGCGAGACCAUGAUUGAAUCCCACGAUCAUCGCUUAUGACGGAUGUGAAUGACAGAAUUUUCACUAGUGUUACUGCAGGAUACUAACCAUAAAAUUGUAGUUUCACGGACUCCAACAUAAAACCUUACACCUGAUAUCAACCAUACUCCAGCUACUUUCAAUGCUUGUGCAGUCAGUCCAAAGACGAUGACAUUUGUUAAAAACCCAAAAUGUUAUAUCUUGCCGUUCUUUUAUUUUAUAUGAUGUUUUUGAGCCACAUUAAAUUCCAUUGUGCAGAUUAAUACGUUUAGGGUCAGAGAGCCCUCCCAGCACUGAUAGAUACCUCGCCCUUCACAUGACUUCCUGUCUGCUAUCAUUAGGCAGCUUGUCUAGAAACCUGCAAUGUUGCCAACUCCUGGAAACCAAAAUAAAUGCUAAUAAUCUGUGGAAAAUGUGGGACACGUGUAAGCAGCAUAUGUACGUGUUGCUGAAAUCAGAAACUCAUCAUAAUCCUACUGCGCGGUUGCUGUAUUUCUUAAAAAACAAAAUCAGAACUAACAUAUAUAGUAUAUGUAAAUAUUAUAUUAUCCUGUCACCGGGGGAUUAUAUUCUCUGCAGUAGUUCAACUUCUACUAUGCUUUAAGAAAGUCGGUGAGCUGGUUCUAUCCUGUAAGAAAGGUAAUUAACUUGUUCUAUACUGGAAAAGAGGAGAUGAGCUGUUUUUGUAUUGUAGGAGAGGAGCUGGUUCUCCAUGCUGUAGGAGAGGAGAUGAGCUGGUUUAUACUGUAGACAAGGAGAUAAACUGGUUCUAUACUGUAGAAGGGGAGAUGAGAUGAACUGGUUCUAUAGAGUAGGAGAUGAAAUGAGCUGGUUCUCCAUGCUGUAGUAGAGUAGAUGAGCUGGUUCUAUACUGUACGAGAGGAGAUGAGCUGGUUCUUCAUGCUGAAGGAGAGUAGAUGAACUGGUUAUAUACUGUACAAGAGGAGAUUAGCUGUUUUUGUAUUGUAGGAGAGGAGCUGGUUCUCCAUGCUGUAGGAGAGGAGAUGAGCUGGUUUAUACUGUAGACAAGGAGAUAAACUGGUUCUAUACUGUAGAGAGGGAGAUGAGAUGGUUCUAAGCUGUAGGAGAGGAGAUUUACUAGUUCUAUACAGUAGGAGAUGAGAUGAGCUGGUUCUAUACUGUAGGAGAUGAGAUGCACUGGUUCUAUACUGUAGAAGAGGAGAUGAACUGGUUCUAUAGAGUAGGAGAUUAAAUGAGCUGGUUCUCCAUGCUGUAGGAGAAUAGAUUAACUGGUUCUAUACUGUACGAGAGUAGAUGAGCUGGUUCUCCAUGCUGAAGGAUAGUAGAUUAACUGGUUCUAUACUGUACAAGAGGAGAUGAACUGGUUUGGUGCUGUAGGAGAGGAGAUGAACUGGUUCUAUACUGUAUGAGAGGACAUGAGCUGCUUCUCCAUGCUGUAGGAGAGGAGAUGAGCUUGUUCUCUAUACUGUAGGUGAGGAGAUAAACUGGUUUUAUACUGUAGAGUAGAUGGAAUGCGUAUAUGUAGGAGGAAAAGAGAUAAACUGCUUUUGUACUGUAGAAGAAAUCUACUCUAUGCUUCUAUGCUCUGCAAGCAACUGUUUCCAACUAUCCUAACAGGUAGUAAACUUAAAAAAUGUAGCGCCAGUACAAAAAUCUCUGGAAAUAUGAAAAUGUAUAAUACAAUGGGAUAAGAUAAAAUAAAAUAAAAAGUCCACAGUAAACAGUCCAACCAAAAGGAAAUAAAAUACCACUUGUAGACAGUGGCGGAUCCAGGGGGGAGGGGCAAUGGGGCAAUUGCCCCCCCAAGAUUCUCCCCUGCCGGCUAAUGCAGGGCUGGCAUUGUCCAAGUGCCAGCCGUGCAAUGUGCCUUCACGGAUCGAAGGGGAGAUCAGAGCCUGCAGCUCCUCUGGGUCCUACCCUCGUGAGCACGGAGCGUUGCCACGGUUACCAUGGCAACGCUCCAAAUCUCACGAGAGUGAAUUCUCGCCCUGGAGCGCGGGCUAGAGUUCACUCCUACCACUGGGACCACCAUGGAAUCCCCACCGGACCACCAGGGACUAAGAAGUGUCCCCCCUCCUCCCAGUAAAGGUUGGAAGGGAGGGGGGACAUAACGAAUAUUUAUAUUAUUAAAUAAAAAUAAACAUUAUUUAAAAGCCUCCCUACCCUCCUCCCCCCACACACACUGCACACCCAUAGACACAAACACCUUAUAGCUAUCUGUUGGAUGAAAGAAUGGUCCAAGGAGCGUGUUUCUUGAUUAUCCAAUGUAGGAAACAAUCUGUCCAGGUCAUACAUGCCCGUACUCUCUUCUCAGAAAUAAUACAAAAUGAUUUUGCUUUUUAUUGACGAAGCUUUAUUCAAAAUUAAGUUACAGAAAGAUUGCAAAUGUUAUAGCAGACAGAAACUUUUACAGAGUUGGAAAAGGAGGGAUGGGUCCAAUAGACAAAUAAUAUAGACACAUUUCAUGUGUGUCUUGAAUUCUUUUGGGAUUACUUUUGAGAUUCUCUGGUACAGCAUCCUUCCUGACUCACAGUUCAAAUACCAUUGCUUCCUAAUUGUGAGUCAGAAAGAGAGCAAAGGGAUAUUAAAAGCUAUCUCGCCACCUCUGGACAGCUUAGGGAGAAUAAAAUAAAUUUCAAGUGUUAGUGUGAUAAGAUAGUGUUUGAUGUUUGUGUGUGUAUUUGUGCUUAUUGUUGUGUGCAGCUAAUUAAACAGCUAAUAUGUUAUUUACAUCAACCCUUUUUUAUUUUUUUAAGGGGGAACCUUUUCUAUGUAAAAUGCCCUAUUGGGCACAAAUACAACAUCAUUGUCACCCACCCCCUGGAAAAUUAAUAUUUCACAUAGAUUGAUAUCUAUAUGAAAAAAGUUUAUUUUACAGUAAUGCUUUAAUUAGGUCCAUCACUAAAGUUUAAAGCAAACCUACAAAAAAAAAGUUUUUGUCUUCCAGGGCCUUGCACGGUCCAAUCACAGGCUUCUCACAAACACAGGCUCGUAUUGAGCAAGGGAAAAGCUCAGUAUGUCCAUUACAAGCAUACAGUGCGCCCAACACACUGAUUGCAAGCAUCUCUGACACUCAAAGGAUUAAUGACAAUUUUCUGAGAUCCUAAGCCUUAGGGGAAUUUGUCCAGUACUUCUGUCCAUGGUUUUCAUGAAAGCAACAGCUACAUGCUGGUGCUUGUGCCAGCUGAAUGCACAUACACUGAUCAGCCACAACCAUAAAAACACCUGCCUAAUAUUGUGUAGGUCCCUUAGUGCUGCCAAAACGGCUCUGAUGGGUCAAGGCAUGUACUUCACAAGAGCAAUAAAUGUGCCCUGUACAGGGCCGAACUGGCCCACCGGGAUACCGGGAAAUUUCCCGGUGGACCGUCGGCACCUGGGGCCGGGUAGACACCUGGGUCUGCUGGCGGCCGCUGGGUGAGCUGUUCUGUCUCUGCUCCCCAGCGCGCAGCUUAAUGAGACCGCGGCCGGAAUAUGAAGUCAUAUUCCGGCCGCGGUCUCAUGCAGCAGCACGCAAGGGCGGGAGAGCAGAGCCAGCGCAGCUCCCCCAGCGGCCGCCAGCAGACCUCCCGCAGCGGCCGCCAGACUCCAGCACAAGUCCCCCAGCAGCCGGCAGCACAGACAGCCGUCUGAACUGCACGACGCCCUGGCAGAUAGUAGUACUGUGUGUUAUGGUGUGUCUGUCUGUCUCUUAUGGUCUGUCUGUCUGUGUCAUGGUGUGUGUCUGUCUGUCUGUUAUGAUGUGUCUGUCUGUCUGUGUCAUGGUGUGUAUCGGUCUGUCUGUGUCAUGGUGUGUGUAUGUCUGUCUGUGUCAUGGUGUGUCUGUCUGUCUGUCUGUGUCAUGGUGUGUGUAUGUCUGUCUGUGUCAUGGUGUGUCUGUUAUGAUGUAUCUGUCUGUCUGUUAUGAUGUGUUUGUCUGUCUGUGUCAUGGUGUGUGUAUGUCUGUCUGUGUCAUGGUGUGUCUGUCUGCUAUGAUAUGUCUGUCUGUUAUGAUGUGUCUGUAUGGUGUGUGUGUCUGUCUGUGUCGUGGUGUCUGUCUGUCAUGGUGUGUGUGUCUGUCUGUCUGUCAUGGUGUGUGUGUGUCUGUGUCAUUGUGUGUCUGUCUGUCAUGGUGUGUGUGUGUCUGUCUGUCAUGGGGUGUGUGUCUGUCUGUGUCAUGGUGUGUGUGUCAUGGUAUAUGUGUGUGUGUCAUGGUGUGUGUGUCUGUCUGUCAUGGUGUGUGUGUCUGUCUGUCUGUCUGUGUCAUGGUGUGCGUGUCUGUGUCAUGGUGUGUGGGUCUGUCUGUGUCAUGGUGUGUGUGUCAUGGUAAAUGUGUGUGUGUCAUGGUGUGUGUGUCUGUCUGUGUAAUGGUGUGCGUGUGGGUCUGUCUGUGUCAUGGUGUGUGUCAUGGUAUAUGGGUGUGUGUCUGUCUGUGUCAUGGUGUGUGUGUGGGUCUGUCUGUGUCAUGGUCUGUCAUGGUGUGUAUCUGUCAUGGUAUAUGUGUGUUUCUGUGUCUGUCAUGGUGUAUAUGUGUGUUUAAAAAUAGUGUUUUUGCUCACCUUUUUCCCCCCACGCAGCGUGCUGGUCUCCCCUCAACUGGCCCUGCUUCUAUGGCUAAGAUCCUCAAGCUUGAUGAUCUCAGCCAGUCCAGUGCUUUGCCAUAGGAUUGGCUGCAAAAUGCUACACCAAUCAGCAUCUCCUCAUAGAGAUGCAUUGAAUCAAUGUAUCUCUAUGGGGAACGUUCAGCGCCUCCAGAGUGUGGAGGCCCUGAAUGUAGGUGCACUGACACAGGAAGCACCUCUGGUGACCGUUUUUAAGUCACAAUGACUGGUUUUGUUGUACAGAUAGUUUGUCAGUUGGGUGCUGGGACAGGGUGCAGACAUGGAUGCACAGCAAUAACAGUUAUAUUUCUAUAUAUCAGCAAUCACAGCACUUAUCGUGAAGAUUCCUGGCAGAGAAUCUACAUGGAAACGAACUCUACUGUUCGCAAACUCUACACAAAAGAAAUAUAUAUUUUUUAUUGUAUAUCAGCAUGCCUAGCUGGGCUCCUUCUGGUACUUAGCGGAUGGUGACUGUGGGAAUUCAUAUUCCAAACCUACCUAGUUCAAAUGUUCCCAUUGUGGCAAUUCACUGCAGGUAGGGGGGCAAAUUCCACCACUCUCUCGGUUCCUUCGCAGUCAAGGACCACCUUGGCCUGCCCAACUCUUGUUAGAAGCUCCAGACAAGACUCUGACACUGCUUGGUUGUGUUGUGAAUAAAGCAGCUUCAGUUUUUAUAAGAAGUGAUUAGUGGGAAAACAGCAACAUUGACCAAAUAUUACACCCCAAAGAUGAUUAACUGCAUGGAACACAGAGUAGGAGGGAAUCCGACGGAAAACAAGAUCCCUAAAAUAAAUGCAUAUUGCGCUUUCCGUGGGAGAUCUAACAGAAUGAUUAACAUAAUGGGUAGCAGUAAACAGCUUUUCAAUAUGAGUUUUAAAUUCUGGGAUGUAGCCACAUCUUCCCUAUCGUCAAAACCACCUGCACAGCAACUGAGAUGGAGAAAAUGCCUGAUCAACACAGCUUACUGAACAGACCUCAAAACCUAGAAGUAAACAUGAUCGUGUUCCAAUCAAGUGAUUUUCUUUCUGAUCAGAAUAUAUUUGAAAGUUUUAAAUGCUUAAAGUAUUCUUGGCUAUACUUUCUGGAUUCUCGUUGCCAUUUUUAUUUUUUUUAUUUCUUGUGCUAUGUACAAUGAUGGUAUGCAAAUAUUUUACAUACUGUGAGUCAUUUCAGCUUCUAUGGAUCUUCUGAAGUUCACACAUUUUUCCUACUAUCUCUAUCUUUGUUACUGCGGUUCUGUCAAGUCAGAUUGCCUUGAUUGUGCCUCGCGCAUACUAGUUCUUUACUUACAUGCCUAUAUUGCAGCUGUGAUCAAACAUCUGCUCAAGAUUAAAGGAAAAUUACAAGCAGGAAUUUACCACAGUUUAAUAAUUAUUGAGAAUAAUUAUGAAAAAAUAGAUAUAUAGAGGGGCGAUGCCUGGCUGUCAACUGAGGAAUCGCAUGGUGGUGGAGCGCCUCAAAUUCUUGGGGACUUUAAGCCUGAAAGACACAAUAUAUGUCUGUUCUCUGCAGCUUACUGACCUAAAUAGGUCCACAAAGUGCUCUACCAGUGCUCGAGACUGAUCUUUAUUUAUCAGCCAGAUGCAAUCCACAGUGAGAUUCUUUGAACCCUGCUGGGUGACCGAGGUUGGAGAGGCAGCUGAUUCCUCAUUCCACGUUCCACAGAUCUCCAGUAAUUGCCUUGGCUCCCCUACCCCCAACUUUGGGCAGGUGGGGGUGAUCCUGGCCUAGCUGACAACCACAAGGUCUGCCACAGUUUAGUCACCUUCCUAAUUGCUGCCUGAUAAGGCACUUAACCGGCGAUCCCAAGAUAGCUACCAUCCAUGUUCAUGCUGAGUACCUUUUAUCGCCUAUGUGAGCAUUCUUACAGAGGCUGGCCAUCUAGGCUAUCUCACUCUAAGACAAAUAUCCAACAACCGCUCAUGCCUCUUACCAACUUACCGAUUCGGGAGUCGGGGAGGAUUCCAGGGCCCCGUUGCUAGCUGGCGUGGGAUGCAAAGGCACAAAAGGGCUGAUUUUCUGCAGGCUUCAGACAUUUGGGGUCAUCGGACCGCACACAGCUCCUGCACCAAUACAGCCCUAAAGAAACGGAGGGAAUACAGCAACAAAGCAUCAAGCAGACACAGCUAUGGCUAAAGGGUGUUGCCUGCAACACCUCAAAAUGGGAGCAUGGUGGAUAUACCUGCAGGAAGUCCUAGUUGCUGGUCAGCCCUGUCCUUCGAUGUCAAGAGAUUCUGGGGCCGGUGAUGGGGACACAAUGGGUAUCUCUUUACAAACUCCCCACUUCCCUGGCCUCUGGUCCUUUCCCGACAGGAUAGUAUUGCUGGGGCACUUUAUUUGCAUAAAUUCCUUUUAGCAUCAAGUAAUAAUUUGGUCUAUCGACACAGUUCCUCUUUCUCAUAUAAUGCUCUACGGGACCUCAUGGGAAUAUUUGAAAUAAUUGUCUACUUUAUCUAGCUGUGUUCUCGACACACAACCAACGUUACAAUAUGCUAUACAUUUACUUCGUAUGCUCUCUAACAAGUUGUUUGUUUUGCUUGAUUUUAUUUUAAUUUACUAUAAAGAAAACAACGAAGAGCGGCAUGUUUGACAUAAGCAGAUAUUUUUUUCUGUAAAGUUUGUCUGUUUUUUUGUCAAUACAAGCUUGUCUGUUUAUCACUGCACUAAAAAAAUUAAGAAUGUAAAAAAUAAUUAAAAAAAUAGAUAUACCAGUAUGUGAACGUUACUACUAUACAGUAAUUUGCAAUGGUCAGAAUUGUGGCAACUGACAUUUAAUGUGGAUAAGUGCAAGAUAAUGCAUCUUGGACGUAAAAACCCAAGGGCAGAGUACAGAAUAUUUGAUAGAGUUCUAACCUCAACAUCUGAGUAAAGGGAUUUAGGGGUGAUUAUUUCUGAUGACUUAAAGGUAGGCAGACAAUGUAAUAGAGAAGCAGGAAAUGCUAGCAGAAUGGUUAGUUGUAUAGGGAGAGGUAUUAGCAGUAGAAAGAGGGAAGUGCUCAUGCCAUUGUACAAAACACUGGGGAGACCUCACUUGGAGUAUUGUACACAGUACUGGAGACCAUAUCUUCAGAAGGAUAUUGAUACCUUAGAGAGAGUUCAGAGAAGGGCUACUAAACUGGUUCAUGGAUUGCGGGAUAAAACUUACCAGGAAAGGUUAAAGGAUCUUAACAUGUAUAGCUUGGAGGAAAGACGAGACAGGGGGGAUAUGAUAGAAACAUUUAAAUACAUAAAGGGAAUCAACACAGUAAAGGAGGAGACUAUAUUUAAAAGAAGAAAAACUACCACAACAAGAGGACAUAGUCUUAAAUUAGAGGGACAAAGGUUUAAAAAUAAUAUCAUGAAGUAUUACUUUACUGAGAGGGUAGUGGAUGCAUGGAAUAGCCUUCCAGCUGAAGUGGUAGAGGUUAACACAGUAAAGGAGUUUAAGCAUGCGUGGGAUAGGCAUAAGGCUAUCCUAACUAUAAGAUAAGACUAGGGACUAAUGAAAGUAUUUAGAAAAUUGGGCAGACUAGAUGGGCCGAAUGGUUCUUAUCUGCCGUCACAUUCUAUGUUUCUAUGUCCCCACUGUACAACCAAUUGGAGUGCUAUAAAUAUAUAUCCCACAAUUCUGCAUAACAAGGGUUGUAUUUCACCACGUUUCCAAAUACCACAAUAGUAGUUUAUAAACUAUGAACCAUUAUUUCUAAAAAUACAGGAACACAGCUACAAUGCAAUGUAGUACAAAACAACAGUAUAUAUGGUAUACCCUAUUCAAAUACAACAGGAGAGGUAUAUUAGCAUGUUUCUUGAGUCUGUAUUGGGUCAGUAUUGGCAUGUGUUCUGAUUGUUUUUAAGUAAAUGGACCAGGUACCUCAGUGUUCUAAUCGCUUUUAACCACAUCCAUAAUAAUUAUUACACCAUGGUGACAGAGACAUACAGGUUAACAUACUCUCUACCUCUAAUAUCUACCAUGUUGCGGUAUAUGCUGAUAAUAAUGACUAUUAUGUCAUAAACUGAAUGCAGAUUGGUACAUGAUCCCACUGUGAGCCUUUUUAAUAGUUAAUCUUAAAUGUUUGUACAGUGCUACCCUUGAGUCCUUACCCUUAUCGGCUUACUAUAUGAUCGCAGAAUUCUGCUUUCUGUGCACUCAAAGGGUACACAGUUUUACCUUUUUAGUACCGUUUUACUCUAAGCAGAAAUAUUUCUGAAAUUCGUAUAUUUCUGUUUAGAACGUUGAACUGCUACUUGAAUUAGCCCUGGGAAAAAUAACACCCCAUGUGUGUAUUUUUGUUAUCUGUGCUCAUCACCUUGAUUCUUGUUUAUUCUAGUUUUGUUUAGCGUUGAAUUUUUUUUCUCAGUUGUGCCAGACACGUGACCCUUCCGAGGCCCAAAGAAUGCGUGGUAUGUACAUGAGCACAAUGUAAAAAUAUUACAGGUCCAGUUAGUGCCUAACGUAGACCCCUCCAGUACAGAACAUCUGAAGGAAGCAGCAGGAAGGACCACCUGCUCUUACAGGGUUUAAUCAGCAGAGAGCACAUGUGCAGGCAGGUAGGUACCCAGGGGAUUAGUGUAACCAGAGAACAGUACUGUUCUGUCAUAGCAACUUUUGAAAAAAAGAAAAAAAAAAAAGAAUGCAAGACAUUAUGUACAGAUGUGGGCUAUUCCAGAUAUCCUGAAUGCAGGUUGAAGGAACAGGUUGCAAUCAUUGAUACUUGAAAUACUUAAAAUCUACUUUAUAUUAAUGUAUGUAAUUAAAGUAUAUGCUCGUUAAAUUUAGAUAAUGGAUUUAAUUAGCUAGAAUGGCAGACAGACAGAUGGAUAAGAUAGAUAAACAAAUGGAUGUAUUGUACAUUGCGAGACAGUGCUGUCUAUACGUCCCCAACAACCUGCUUUUUUUGUGGACUAAGCAAUUAAAUAUAACAUUUUAUUUGAUUGGCUAUUGGUUGUUACCCUGCAGACAAAGAUCCACCCACUUGGUAAAGUCUUCUUUUCUUUAAUGUUUCUCCUCUUUUUUUCCCCUCCAAAUGUAUCAUUGAUGACUGUAACUAAAGAGUUGACUUUUACUUCAUCAGACCAAAGCACUUGGUUCCAAAAGACCUCUGUGUUUUAUUGCAGACUUUAGAUGUUGAGUUUCGAGAUGGAAGUGUACAACUACUCUUGUACCGGCUAAAAGCAGAAGUGGUCAUGGUGGUUGGAGUGACCCUUUAAUCGCGGAAUGUUACAUUUAUGGACACAGAAAAAGGAGAUUUAUCAAAGUGUUCCGAUCCGCAUAUAAAAGGGUAGUUGCCACCACUUUAAACAUUAAGCAAAAUAAAUGGCAAAAUAUGUAAAGAAUUGUCUUUGUCAGUCAAGAACAGUUCAUGUUUUGUAUUAUCUAAUAAUUGAGGAGGAGAUAUUGUCUUUGGCAGUGGCUGUUCAUUUUAUUUUGUGAGCUUUACCACAGUUGAUAUUUCAGAAUAGUGUAACAAUAGUGUAACAAGCCCUAUUCCAGAAUUAAGGUUUAUCUCUCUCUCUCCCCACCAUUCCUUUUUCUGUUAUUCCCUCUUUAAUUGGCUGCCUUAUCUGCUCCUCACAAUUUAUAAUACUAAUCCUCUUUCACAACAAUUUGUCAGACUAUAAAACCGUUAUAGCAAUAAUCUAUAAUUAUGAGAUGUGCAUUUCUCUGUAUAUUGUGCCAGACAUAAAAUAGAUAAUUAUAAAAAUAUAUACUGAAUCUAUGUCCUUGUUGGGGGCAUGUCUGCCAUUUUAUUAGCUUGCCUCGUUUAGAACAAACUAGCUCAGUUUUUCUCGAUUACUCUAAAUCUGUUUGAUGUGUUCGUGUGUCAAGCUGGAAAAACGAGUUUCUUCCCAGAUCAAUGUGUAAGUCAUGAAUGGUUUACACAUUAACUGUGCUGGCGAAAGAAUCCAAGUUCAACAUUUAAAAAAAAAAAUUUUUUUACAACAAAUGUUUAUUGAGGACUUUAACUUACUAAUUGCAACAUUUUUAAAUUGGAACAUUAAGAAAAUGUUUUAUUGACUAAGAAUCUUUUUGCACAUUCUACAUUUGUGUUUGUAGUUAAAUUGGAGAGAGGGACACAAGCACUAUGGCUAAUCCACUCUCCAGAAAUUACUGCAUAUUGUAUCUUAAUCCUAACAAACCAUGAUGUGUCUGGUGUCUGGUAGACAGCCACUAGAGACAGUCUUAACACUGCACUGUAAUGAUCUUCUGAAGAACCACAAGAAAGGGGCAACGUUGAGGAACGUAGACGCAGUGGUCAGCCAAGUGCUGUAGAUGAAAGGUAAAUGCUUGCUUCAAUUCAAAAUUGGAAGAUGUCCACCAGUGCCAUCAGCAGAAUUGGCAUAGACCAGUGUGACCUUGGGCGACUUGAGGAAGUGAGGGUUCAGGAGGACAGGGACACUGCACCCAGAACACUUCAAUGAAAUGAAGUCGUCUUGGUGCCUAUAGUGUUCCUUUAACUAGUAAUGCAAUGAUUAUCAUUGUUGACAAUUCCUCUGUAUUUCCCUGGACAAAACCUUUUUCUUUUUCCAUUUACCCCUUGCCCCAUGUUAUAUUUGUUGUGUAUGACUGUUCCAGGAUCAUAAAAUAUUUGCCUUUCACUUCCAACUCAAUUUUAAGAAAAAAAUAUUGAAAUGUAUUUAAACUUUUAGUUCAGUGUUAGUGCAUGUAGCAUGUCUUUAUAAUGUGAUUUCUAUUAUUCUAGAGCAGCAGUGGCAAACCUUGCUAACAUAUGUUAAAGGGACACUAUAGUCACCAGAACAACUACAGCUUAAUGUAGUUGUUCUGGAGAGUAUAAUCAGUUUAUGCAGGCAUUUUCAUGCAAACGCUGUCUUUUCAGUGAAAUGCCAUUUGGCCCCUCCCCCUUUCCCAUGGGAAAGCAUUGGAUUGGCUAAAAACCGUCAAUGCUGAUGAUGUCACCAAAGGGGCAGGGCCAGCACCAGCGGAUGCGCGCUGGAAAUAAAGUGAGUUUUAUUACAUUUUAAUGGGGCUAAGUCACCUAAAUGGUGGGUUUUGCACUAUAUGGUCAGGAAUACAUGUUUGUGUUCCUGACCCUAUAGUGUUCCUUUAAGAGUUCUGUUCUUUAAGAUUUGGCCUCUUUAAUGAUAUCUUGACUCCGGUGGCAUUGAUUGGCAGAUAACAUACAAAAUAUUUUUCAUACUUUAACUCUUCUGUUGGUGGACAAACUGGAAAGUUGGGAAGAAGCCUCUGCAUUGCUUUGUUCUGGCUCCACAAUUGCUACAGAUUCCGUGCCAGAUUUGAAAUUCAGUGGCCAAUUUAGUUGUGAUUGUGAAUAUUAGUGAGUUAUUGUAACUGUAUUGGACACUUGGUUGAAAACGAAUGACUGUGUAAAUUGGGUUAUUACGACUAUCUUAUCUUCCAAAGGUCCCUGCUAUUCAUAGUCCUGUUGUAAUAUGUAAUGUGCUCAGGAUUCAAAGAGAUAAAAUAAAAAUCUGUUAAGCAACUUCUAGUUUUCCCUGAUUUCCUUUAAAUUCGUUCCUUCCCCAGGUCAACAAAUUAGGUUUAUUCAUUCGCUGUAUUAAUUAACCAGCUUUGCCCAAAAAAUAAUUUUAAAAAAGCUAUCUACUGAACUUCACUGCCAAUUAUGCAUAUGGCAGGGUUCAGCAGUGAAAUUGGGCUCACGUGUGUUUAUUUGACCAUGGAAACCAAUUUCAUUAAGUUCUCAAUCAAACAGUUCUUGUUCUGAUAUUGCUUCCAGAUGUAGUUUGACACAUGUUGAAACACUAGCAUGUUCUCUGAGGUUUUGUGACCUACUGCUUUGUGGCUUGUUGGACAUGUAGCAUUCUGUGACAUUUAUUGUGAAAUAUAGUUUCCUUAAAAUGCAUAAAAAUGGUAAUAAAUCUAUCUUGUCACUUUAAAAAAUUGAUCCUGAAGAAACCUUUAAAAACAUACUCAAAUUUAAAAGCCCACUGCCCCAGGAAAUAGGGCAUGCAAUGAAAACAAAGCAAAGUCCUCAAUACAUUUGAAAGCUGGUGUGGAGCAUAUUGAGUAAUUGUAAAAAUAUUGAGCGCCUCAUACAAAAACGCCCUGAAAACAUAAUAAAACAUACACACAUUAUAUGUCCCCGGAUAGCCCUGGUCCGAGUGCCCUUUUUGGCCAAAAAGCGCCCGUAUCCAUAAAGAAAUAACAAAACGCCACCGGGGUAAAGUUUUAAAACGACCGCACACGUGAUCCAUGCCCAAAAGAGUUCUGUAAUAAAUAUGGCUGCGGUCGGUCAAAUGUCAGAAGCUCCUGCGGAUGAAGUAAGGUGUGCUCCCUCUGGCUCCCAGGGGGCGAUUGUAAUUAAUAGUCUGAGGCACCUUCCCUCCAAAAAACGCUAUUGUGGCUGCAAGGAAAGUGGGGAUAAGCCAGACUGGAAGUUAAUCGGAAUUUGGGGCUAACCACUGCUGGACCGGAGUUCCAGAGGAGUUGUACCUAGGUCCCGCUGAAGUCUUUGCGGUUUCUGGACUCCGGUUAUAGUUAGAAAAAGAGUACUUUUAGUCCAUUGGCCAGGAGGGGAAGGUGCUGUGCGCCAGUGGUAGUGACAAUAGUCUUUGGAUGACAAUGAGGAUAUAAAACAAGUGACAAGCAUGCAGGUUGUUGUUUCUGGUAUGGGCAUAAGUGAAAGGCGUAUUCUUUUUUGGAUUUUCCAUGUAGUUUAUCCAAGAAAAGGUCCGUAAUGAGGCUUGAACAGCAAUAUACUAUUUUCCACUUGCAGCCAGUGGUGAUACAGACUUGAAAUGCCCAUUGGUGUGGUCCUUAUUUGGUCAUUGUAAAGAUAUGUCUGUAAAAUGUAAUUGACUUUUGUUGGAUGUUCCAUAUAGUUUAUCCAGAUAAAUGACAGUAGUGAGACGUGAAUACUAAUGUACUAGGUCCCACAUGCAGCCUAUGGCUGUGGAUAUUUUGACAGUUUUUUUUUUUUUUAGAUCCGUAGAUGUGUUAGCACUUUGGCCAGCCUUUACUCCACAAAGCACGUUGGCCAGCCUUUACUCCACAAAGAAACUCUUCCUAUUUAAUUUGUCUUAAUAAAUACAGAAUGUCCAAAUCUAUGGUAACAAUUGAAUUUUAAACAACUGUGUUAAUGCUGCUUUAUUGUUUUUUUUAUUUUUUUCCUGUCUUCUAUUGAUUUGCCGUCUGUCUUUGCUGUGAGCCAAGUGGGAUUAUAUUUGCCUUGAAAUAAUGAAAAAUGGAUGCAAUUAUCUAUACACUAGACUGCAUUUUUAACCUACUUUCUCUCAAAAGAGCCUGUUAAUUUUGGCAGAGAUUGGGUAAUGGUGAUGUUCAACAUCAGCACAUUUUAAGUUCUGACAAAAUCCCCCACCUUCAAGCGAGAUGAGAAAUCUCUCAACAGGAGCAAACAUAACCUUUUCUUCAACUCGCUUUCAUCCACAGCAAUUUCUCAAGACAUUUAACUGGAGGAAUCUUGAGUCAGAGAAAUUGAUUCUGACAGCACAGAGACUGGUACAUGGCAGGGAGGUGUACGAGAAGGGAAGCCAAAAGUUCAUAGCUGUGAAAAACCUAAAAAGACUUUAAACUUUGCACACUUGGAAAGUUAUUAAAGCGAAAAAAUGUCUGGAGUAACUUUCUGUGAAAUUCAAAACUCAAUGGGAAUGUCAGCUUGAAACUAAGCUGUAGUGUGGUCUGUUUUCCAUCUUUUCCAUUUCUAAAGAUUUCUGGGGAUGCUAAAAGAACAUUAAGCUGUUACAAGGUUACAAAAUUGUUAACAGACAAAUUAAUUAGUUAAAGGGACACUAUAGUCACCAAAACAACUUGAGCUUAUGUAUUGAUCAUGCCCUGCAGGGUUAUGCCCUGCAAAAGAUGGGGUACAUUGAUGUUGUGGCAGGCUUAUGCAAUGUGUGAUCAUAUACUGUAACUAAACUCCCAUUAUUUGUGCCUAGAUUAAGUGUUUAAAAAAACAAACAAAAAAAAACCUAAUAAAAUAUGUGAGCUUUGAAGUUGCUGUUUAGUGGAUAAGUGAGUGCGCCGGAUCUUGUGUAUAUAUACUGGCAAAGGGUUGGAGUAACCCUUUAACCCCUUAAGGACAGAGCUUCAGAAGCUUGUCUUUCACUUAAUGACAACAGCAUUUUUUUCAUUUUUUGCUGUUUGCAUUCAACUGCAAUUUGCAUUUUACUAAUUUAUUGCACCGACACAUAUUAUAUACCGUUUUUUAAAAAACAGAAAGGGCUUUAAUUUGAUGUAAGACGUAUAUAUAUAAAUGCUUAUUUAUUAUAAAAAAAAAUUACAGAAAAAUGCAAAAAAAAUGAAAAUGUUUGUGCAAUAAUAAUGUGUGCAGAAUUAGUGCAGGUUAAGGAAAGUAAUUAACAAUAAAUUAAUUUAGUUGUUCUGAUUUACAGAAUAUACAAUGUGUCUGGGAUUUUAAGUUUUUUUUGGUAGUUACAGGUCACAAAGCACAAGGAGUAAAAUAAACUUUUAAUGUGGAGCGAUUUUAGAAUUUGGUAUGUUUGUCUUGUAAGCUUAAUAGCCAUAAAAGAAAACAAAAUUGCCACACAAACGUAUAUAUUUAUAUAAAGUAGACAUCACGGGCUAUUUACCUAAGGUUGUUUUGACACUUUCUACGUAGCCAUUUCACCGCCAACCUCUGCUAAAUAUUGGAGUAAAAUUGUGUUUUUUUUUGUUUUUGGCACACAAACUUAUAACAAAGAAAUUCUCAUGUGUAUUUUGUAAAGUUGGUGUGUGCUAUUCCUGUACAAAGUUUUAUUUUGUUUUCAGUUACAUCUGCUGAAUAAAAUGACACCCCAUUGUAUGUCUUUGGCACUAUUUCAUGAAAUUACAGUGCCAUAUAUGAGGCCUGUUCUUUUCAGUAUUCACAGUAGAAUUUUGAGAGACUGAUUUAAUGAGCCUAUGCUUCCAUUUGGGGUAUUAUAACAGUUUGACUGUUCAAAAAAGCCCACAAAGGCCUACCAUUUGUAAAAGUAGACACUCCAGAGUAUCUCAUAAGGUGCAUAUUGUGCCUUAACACGCCCCCAUUUUUUCACCAAUAUAUGCCAAAGUAUGUGGUAAAAAAUAAUUUUGUGCGUUUUUUACACAUGGAUUGCAUUUUUGCUGGGCAUUUUGUAUAUUUCACAUGUGCCACUAAGUUCAAACCCCCCAAAUUUUGCUCAGCUAAGUCUUCUGAGUAAAAUGACACCCCCAAUGAAUGUCUUUGGCACUAUUUCGUGAAGCUACAGUGCCAUAUAGGAGACCUGUCCUUUUCAGUAUUCACAGUAGAAUUUUGAGAGACAGAUUUGAUGAGCCUAUGCUUCCAUUUGGGGUAUUAUACCAGUUUAACUGUUCAAAAAAAAAAAAAAUCACAAAGGCCUACCAUUUGUAAAAGUAGACACUCCAGGGUAUCUCAUAAGGUGCAUACUGUGCCUUAACAUGCCCCCAUUUUUUCACCAAUAUAUGCUAAAGUAAGUGAUAAAAAAUAAUUUUGUGCGUUUUUUACAUAUGGAUUGCAUGUUUGCUGGGCAUUUUGUAUAUUUCACAUGUGCCACUAAGUUCAAACCCCCCAAAUAAUAAUGCUCGGCUAAGUCUUCUGAGUAAAAAGACACCCCCAAUGAAUGUCUUUGGCACUAUUUCGUGAAGCUACAGUGCCAUAUAGGAGACGAAGCCAUAUCAGUUUUUACCGAACUUUGAAUUUUGACGCUGGGUCUAUGUUCAAUUUCCAAGCAUCUUAGCAAGGUUUAAAUUCAAACUACCCCACAAAGGCCUACCAUUUCUUAAAGUAGACACCCCAGGGUAUUUCAAAAGGUAUAUUUUGAACCUUAGCGUGGGAUCAUUUUUCCGCAAGCUUGUACCAAAUGUAGUGGUAAUAAGUGUUUUUUCUGCCUUUUUGACACACAAAGUGAGUUUGCACAGUAUAUUUUGCAAACCUUAUGUGUGCUACCAGUGUAUAAUACUUCAUAUGUUGCUAGCUAUGUCGGCUGAGUACAGUAAAACCCCCGUAUGUACCUUUGCCAGGUAUAUGUGGACAUCGGAGGGGCACAUUUGGGACACAGCUAUUCCAGUUUUUUUCAAACUUUACAAUUUUACGCUGUGCCCAUGUCCCAUUAUAGAGUAUUUUACCAGGCUGUAUAAUCCAAAUACCCCAUAAAGCCAUACUAUUUCUUAAAGUAGACACGCCAGGGUAUUUCAAAAGGCAUAUUUUGAACCUUAGCGUGGGAUCAUUUUUCCGCUAGCUUGUACCAAGUGCAGUGUUAAUAAGUGUUUUUUCUGCCUUUUUGACACACAAAGUGAGUUUUCACAGUAUAUUUUGCAAACCUUACAUGUGCUACGACUGUAUAAUACUUCAUAUGUUGCUCAGCUAUGUCGUCUAGCAGUAAGCAGUACUAACAGUAAAUUCCCCAUUUUCCCAUAAAUCCCACCCACCCCAGCUAGCAAAUUAUAUAAUAUUAAAAUAUUCAAAUUAAUUAAUUAAAUAAAUUGAACCCCUGAGGGUUAAAAAAAAUUAUAUCACAGUAUAAUACUGGCAGGGAAGGGGUUAAUUUUUAUUUGGACUGGGCAAAGGGGGUGUUUUUUUAUUUUGUAACUUUUUUUAGCUUAAUUUUUAACUUUUUAAAGUUUAUUUUAAAUCUUUUUUUAACGUUAACCCCUUGUUAGCCUAACACCAAAUCCCCCAAUUCCCCACUAACUUCCACCCAUCCCAGCUAGCUAAACAUAUAAUUUUAAAAUACUUAAAUUAAUUUAUAAAAUAAAUUUAACCCCUGAGGGUUAAAAAAAAAAAAAGAAUUAACCCUCAGGGGUUAAAAAAUAAUAAUCAGGUGACAGUAAAAUGUAAUCCCUGUAGUCAGUGAUCAAUUGGCAGGGAAGGGGUUAAUUUUUAAUUAAAAUGGGUAAAGGGGGGUGGGAUUUUAAAUAAACUUUAUUUUAUUUUUUUUAACAGGGGCUUCAUCUGCUUUGACUACUUGAGGUCUCAGGCUUUUCUGUAUCCAGGAGGGAAUAUUUUUGAUCAUAAGUAUUAUGGUGACUGAAAUAUAUUUUUGAUAAUGCAUGUUGAACUUCUCAAUCCUUUUGGAGGCUGUUUUGCCCUUAAAAGGUUUGCGUUUACAAAAGGUGUUUACCUCUACCUUUUAAAUUCUUUAAGUGGAGAUUUACAGAAGUUUUGUAAACUACUGGUUUCUAAUGUUUUACUGGUUUCUUAAAUAAUGUUAAGAAAUCCUCCUUCCAGUUUGUUUUUCCUUAUAAAAUAUGUGAACUCUGAGGGGCAUAGAUCAUGUCCCUGCAAGUUCAGCACUGUAAUCACUACCUUUUCUGAGAAAUGCUAGUGUUUACGUUGCAGCCUAUGAACUAAACGUUUAACUCGCAAGUUGGUGUAAACUUGGAAUUAAUAAUAACAUUAAUAACAAAAAAUAAUAGCUUAAAAACCGAGUGUAAAGUCAGAGUCCACACUCCUUGCUUUCGGCAAUUCAAUAAUAUUUAUUAAUAAAGGCUAAUCAAACAAAUAAACAAUACAUAUACAUAUGAAUUAGGCUAGUAAAUGUUGCUACCUAACCUAGUCAUUGAUUGAAUGGAAAGUAAACUAAAUUAACAUAGGAAAACAGGCAUAGACACGUGAUACAGUUACCACUCCAUUGAUCAUCAGCUGAGAGUAAGAGAGAGAGGGUGUGUAUAGUGGGGAGAGGGAAUAGAGAGAGAGUGAGGAGGGUGAAUACAAAGAGACAGAGAAUUUUAUUUACAGGGCUUUUAACAGGUUAGCCCUUCCUUCUGCUGGACACACUUCCCUCAGUCAAUCCCUUGGGAUGUAACAGAACCAGAGUGCCUCCUGGGGGAAGGAUGAUUGCACUGGAAGGGAAUGGAGGAGGAGUUUAUCAAUGUAACGGCCACCCUGUGUAUCAGAGGGGUGUAUGCCGUUGGAGACGUCCUUUUCCCUUGCGAGAGGCUAUACUGCAAUAUUCUCCAGAUGUCCCAUCAGCCGAACCAGUAGAGAAAGAAUAGCAGAGCUCUUACAAGAGGUAGUGAUUAGCUGGAAGAAGGUUCCCUACAAACACGAGACGUGGCUACGUAUUGAGGGUUAAGCAGAUCUUAAGAGUUUAAUAUGCUAGGCUGGCCUUUUAUACACCGAAAAAUACAUUUAACAGCCAAUAGUGUACAAUCACAAAGUUAAACACUUCCAUUCAUUACAUGAAAUUUCUCCCCUCUGCUUAGGAGAUAAUUGAGUUAAUUACUGUAUCAACUCAAUUAUCUCCAAGCGAAAAAAUUAAACUUUUUACACAUUUUCAGAAAUAUCAUAAACAUACAUCCAAUCCCCAUAAAACCUAUAUUUUCUGAUAGGGCAUAAUUAGGGGACCAACAUAUUGAAAAAUCAUGCGAUUCGGUUCAAGAGUUCGGGAGAUAGGUGGAAGUCCCAUUUAUGCCCGGCCGCACACGUGGCUCCUGCCCAAAAUAGUUCCAUGCAUUCAGUCGGUGCGGCCGUUCCCUUUUCGUAUGUUUAAAAAUACCGAUCAACCAUUCACAGUGUUCAUGAGUUUGACGGUUGUGUGCCGCCUCCUUCGUAUAGUGUUUUUACCGAACGCCGCCUCCUUCGUAUGAAUUAGCACAAAUCUAAGUGGUCCUGGAAGUCUCAGCGGUGCUCGGGAGUUCAAGUGCCUGGAAACAGUUCCAGACACUACACGACCAAAUCGUCGACAAGAUGGCUUCCGCCAUGUGUUCGUGCAUGCCACCCAGUGAACCACUUAGAAUGUUGAAGUUGCGGUUUGACACAGAGUCAGUGAGUCAAUUGGCGGCAAACGACUGGUCUGGGUGGUCUCUCAUUCGACAGUUUGUUCGGUUGUUUGUUCGGUUAUACGAACAAAUUAACAUAGCUGGUAGUUUCCAAAUUCGUAUGUUUGGGGUAUAGUACUGUGAGUUCAACUGUAACAAUGUUAUACAUCCAAUGACCAGGCACAGGGUAUCUGUUACAAUCAACAACCCAACUGGUUUUGCCUGGUGAAAGGCCAUGUGCUUCACAGUGGACUCCAUUAUUGCCUAAGGGUAGAAUGGGUCUUGAAUCCCUGUAUUAGAACACAAUAACACUUCAUUGGCAUACAGUUUGGCUGUUAAUCAGUCCCCCCACUUAUUACAUCCCUCCACUUAUUACAGCCUAUAACCAUCUAUUAAUAAUUGUAGUGCUGUAUUUGAAAAGUACACUGUAAUAAAUCAUUCUAACACUGAAUCUUAGUAAAUACAGUAUUAAAAUUAUUACACUGUGCUGAGUACAUUGUUAAUAAACCACAAAAUCUUUGCAUUUCAUUAGUGCGUUAUAAUUAGUCCAACACUGCAUUUCUUUAGCACUUACAGAUUUCACCUAUUUUGAAUGAAACCAAAGUAACCAGAUGAGUUUAGACGCUAAGUUAUAAUUAGGAGCAUUGCAGGGCAGUGGACUGACAGGGGCUGGAGCACUGAGUGGAGUCCUGAAAAGCCCUGAGUCGAAUUUUGGCACCAAAUCAUUGUUAGCCCCGAGUCUCCUGUAAUACCCAGAGAGUCUUAGAUUUGGAGAGAUUUGGAGUUCAAUUUUACAAUAGGCACUGAUAUCACUUCAUUUCAUUGAAGUGGUCUAGGUGCAGUAUCAUAGAACACAUUACGUUUUCGGGAUGAAGCAUAGUAAAUGGCUGGUUUGGGUGGAUUUUAAGUCAAUAUAUGUGGGAGGAACCAACAAAUGAACUUUUUCUUAUAUCUAGUAAGUUAGAUCUUUCUGACACCUAACAACGCCCCUGGCGAUAAUUAUUGGUGUUCUAUCACAGAAUUAUGGCUGCUUUUGUGUAUAUUAAAAUAUUGAUCUAUAAUUGCUUGGAAGAAAGCUAUACAAUAAGCUGUUUAUGUCUGGUUUUUGGCUGCUUUGAUCGCCUGCAUGAUUAUUCACAAAAGUGUGAAUUUAAGUUGAUUUUCAAAUUUUAGGAAAAAUAGCUUUGAAUUUCCUUUGAAUUUCUGACACUGUAUUGAGUGACCAGUGUUCCUCUCAUCCAACAAAUGAUUAACAGAUGUGGGAAUUAACAUGGAACAUUCUGCAAAUCAUUAACAUCUUUAAUGAUUCACAAACUCCAAUAGUACUUUGAUAGACACAGAAGACAGACGGAAAAACAAAUACAUCUUAAUGUAACGUUCACACCUAUUUAUGCUAAAAAUGAAACUUGGUCCUGUAUCCUAGUAUUAAGCUAGAGUUAUUUCCAGUGGAAUUGUUGGUAAUGGUCAUUUGUUGCAACAAUUUCCUAAAAAAAUUAGUAAUGAGACUCGUAUUUGUGUCUUUUUUAUUUUUAGUGCCACUGGUUUACAUCAUAUCUCUCCAUCGGUGCAGCCAUGGCAAAGCUAGAGGCAAGAUCCGUCCACAGUGACACAGCCUUCCAGAGCCAAGAGUCCUUUCACUCUUUCGCCAGUAGAUCAUCUGACUCUCCAUCCCAGGGCACUAUGGGAAGUGUCGGCAGCGGCGUAGCCAAUGACCAAGAGUUUGCAAUGAAGAGUGUAGGAACCAGGACUCAGAACAGCUUGAAGCAGAAUGACAGCUCCAGGAACGGGUACUCUAACCGCUACUCGGGGGAAGAAAAGACUUACAAGACAGAGAAGAACUCCAGUUCCAUGUACAUCAACGGAGAGCAGCGCAAGAAUGAGAAGAUGAAAGCUGACAUGUGUGGGAAUGUGAGUGAGAACAGUUUAGAGUCCAUUCUCAGUUUAGAGUCCUUAACCCCAGUAGCCACUCUUUGUAAAGCUGGAAUAGGAACAUCUGAUUCCCAGAAUACAAGAGUUAGAUGGGAAUCUACAAUUACUCCUAUUGUAUGUUUCUGGAAGACUUGCUGGUAAUGCAAUAAGACAAAGGAAGAGCAAUAGGAGAGGAUCAGUGGGGGUAACCUACAGGGAUAUUUGUUAAACUCAGAUUUUUUGCAAAUUAAAUUCAAGUACAGCUCCCAUGAACCUCAGUGAAAGAUCAGCCAAGAAUCCAGGGAGUUGUGAUUCAAACGUAUUUAGAGAUCUACCGGUAUAUAUUUCUUAGAACCUUAGUUCAUUUUGCAACUAUUGUUAUGUGGACUCCCAUGCACAAUCAAUACAUUUCUCCCGUUUUAAUUAAUUGCUGAAAAAGCUAAAAAGGUACAGUAUCUCACAAAAGUGAGUACACCCCUCACAUUUUUGUAAAUAUUUUAUUAUAUCUUUUCAUGUGACAACACUGAACAGAUAACACUACAAUGUAAAGUAGUAAAUGUACCACCUGUAUAACAGUCUACAUUUGCCGUCCCCUCAAAAUAACUCACCACACAGCCAUUAAUGUCUAAACCAUUGGCAACUAAAGUGAGUACACCCCUAAGUGGAAAAAAAAAUCGGCCCAAUUAGCUAUUUUCCUUCACCAGUGUCAUGUGACUCGUUAGUGUUACAAGGUCUCAGGUGUGAAUGGGGAGCAGGUGUGUUAAAUAUGGUGUAAUCGAUCUCAUACUCUCUCAUACUGGUCACUGGAAGUUCAACAUGGCACAUCAUGGCAAAGAACUCUCUAAGGAUCUGAAAAAAAGAAUUGUAACUCUACAUAAAGAUGGCCUAGGCAUCCUUCGGCACUCCAGAUGUUGUGGACUACAUCCCCCAUAAUGCUUUUACACCCAUAAUGCUGGCAAAGCAUCAUGGGAGGUGUAGUCCAAAACAUCUGGAGUGCCGAAGGUUGCCUAUGCCUGGCCUAGGCUAUAAGAAGAUUGACAAGACCCUGAAACUGAGCUGCAGCACGGUGGGCAAGACCAUAUAGUGGUUUCACAGGACAGGUUCCACUCAUAACAGGCCUCGCCAUGGUCGACCAAAGAAGUUGAGUGCACGUGCUCAGCGUCAUGUCCAGAGGUUGUCUUUGGGCAAUAGACGUAUGAGUGCUGCCAGCAUUGCUGCAGAGGUUCAAGGGGUAGGUGCUUAGACCAAACACUGCAUCAAAUUGGUCUGCAUGGUUGUCAUCCCAGGAGGAAGCCUCUUCUAAAGAUGAUGCACAAGAAAGCCCGCAGUUUGCUGAAGAUAAGCAGACUAAGGACAUGGAUUACUGGAACCAUGUCCUGUGGUCCGAUGAGACAAAGAUAAACGUAUUUGGUUCAGAUGGGCAACCAUGUGAGGAGUACAAAGACAAGUGUGUCUUGCCUACAGUCAAGCAUGGUGGUGGGAGUGUCAUGGUCUAGGCUUGCAUGAGUGCUGCCGGCACUGGGGAGCUACAGUUCAUGAAUGUCAACAUGUACUGUGACAUACUGAAGCAGAGCAUGAUCCCCUCCCUUCAGAGACUGGGCCCCAAUAACGACCCUAACCACACCUCCAAGACAACCACUGCCUUGCUAAAGAAGCUGAAGGUAAAGGUGAUGGACUGGCCAAGCAUGUCUCCAGACCUAAAUCCUAUUGAGCAUCUGUGGGGCAUCCUCGAAGGUGUGGGAGCGCAAGGUCUCUAACAUCCACCAGCUCCAUGAUGUCAUCAUGGAGGAGUGGAAGAGGACUCCAGUGGCAACCUGUGAAGCUCUGGUGAACUCCAUGCCCAUGAGGGUUAAGGCAGUACUGGAAAAUAAUGGUGGCCACACAAAAUAUUGACACUUUGGGCCCAAUUUAGACAUUUCCAAGUAGGGGUGUACUCACUUUUGUUGCCAAUGGUUUAGACAUUACUGGGUGUGUGUUGAGUUAUUUUGAGGGGACAGCAAAUUUACAAUGUUAUACAGGCUGUACACUUACUACUUUACAUUGUAGCAGAGUGUCAUUUCUUCAGUGUUGUCACAUGAAAAGAUAUAAUAAAAUAUUUACAAAAAUGUGAGAGGUGUACUCACUUUUGUGAGAUACUGUAUCUCCGAUCUACAUUUUUUUUAUAGGGUAUGACCCCUAUUCAGUUAGGAAUGCCUAUGAAGCAUGGAUCAUGCAGAGUAGAUAUUCCUUUAAUAAAUCCCCUUUAUUUACUCAUUCCAUAAGCAUCCCUUAAAACGUGAAGAAGUGCUACGUCAUAAGACUGUGCAUUUGGUUAGUGGUCAUUUAUGACUGCAGUAAAACUUACCACAGAUGUUGCCAGCUUCUAUCUCUCCGAAUAAAUACAUCUCCAAGACCAGGUCAGUUCCAGCACCAGGAGACCCCGUGUUUGAUGUGAUACUCAGCUAGCUUUAUCAUGGUUAGUUUGCCCCAUCGCUGCCCUAUAGCUAUGACGUAACGCUUUUAGAUUGGGAAUGCAAAUAGAAUUCAUAGUCAGAGAGUGAUACAGUAAUGAAGUAAAGAGUAAAGAAGUACAUGAAGAAUAGGAAAGAAGAAACAUCAGGCUGGUGACCAUUGUUUAAAUAGUUUAUAACUCUAUGAGAGGCAGUGCUAUGUUAGCAACAGUCAGGAGAUGUGAGAGAUACAGUCAAAUUAUAAGGAGGGGCAGGAGGUUGUAUGCUUGAGCUUUUGUCAGGAGCUCUUGCCAGCUCGGGAGCCUGCACAGACCAACGAUGCACUGGAGCUCAGUUACGUAGAUUAUCUGCGAGAAACAUAAUGCAUGGUUUUAUUAGACAUAAGAGGGCUGAGGGGUGGGAUGUUAGAGGUGGAAUAAUUGACCUACAUGUAGAAUUCUACACAGGAAAUUGUACACAAAGAACCCUUCAAUGUUGUUUCAUCAUUUAUUUACAUUUGUUUGGUUUCAUCUAAUUUCAUAAAAGAAAAGGGCAGGACAAAAGCCAGCAGAAAUGCUUCUACAGCAGGUAUUAUAGACUUGUUAUAUUGUAUUGUUUAAAAGAAUAAACAAGUGUCAAUGAAUGCUGACAGAUACAAAAAAACUUGCUUUCAUAUUACCCAAAAAGCUUCAAAACUGUCUCAGUUUACUUUCCAGAGCAGUACUGUGGUAUUUUUAUUUCCACAUAAAGUGCACAAAGUUAAUAUUUUUCCAGUUACAAAUUUGUCAGGUAAAAAUAGCAUUCACUGUUUAUAGCAUUUCUAAAGGGUGUCUUCACUACACUAUAUAAUUGACAAAAUGCUUGCAACGUUUUAAGCUAAAAUAUCUAAAAAAAACAGAACAAAAUUCUUUCAUUCCAGUUUGGCUAUUUCGGCCAAAAAUGUUCAGUUGCAUUGUCAAUUCAGCACUAUGCUUUUUGUACUAGUUGUGAAUAAACCCCUCUUCGGCUCUGGCUCUUCAUUGUGUGGAGGUUUGCAGUCAGUUUGUUUUUGUCUUCUUUGUUAGCAUGAGAGGGACAGCUUAGACACUUCAAAAUGAAGUUGUUAUGGUGCCUUGAGGUCCCUGGUGCUGGCUCACAUUAAGGGGUUAAACCUUUCUCAAACAGUUUAACCCCAAAGCCCAUGUUCCAGCGCCGACUCUACCUGUCUCUCUGCCCUUCUGUUUUCUAAAAUUCGCAAAAAUUGAAGACACUUGCAGAAUUAGGCAGUGGCAAUGUUGAUUGGCUAAGAGCGGUCAGCACCCAGCCAAUCAGUGAAUCUAUAUUCAUAAAACUGGCUUGAAAAGAAACUUACUUUUUUCAAGCCAGUUUUAUGAAUGGGCAUUCACUGAACGUGUCAGCGGACCGCUCUCAACCAAUCAGCAGUGCCACUGCCUGAUUCUGCAACAGUUUUCCAGUUUAGAGAAUUUUAGAAAACAGAAAGGCAGAGAGGCAAAGACAUUUUAAGCAGGAACAAAAACUUUGGAGUUAAACCGUUUGGGAAUGGUUUAGCUACUUAAGGUAAAGUCAAGGGCCUCCUGGCACCAUAACAACUUAAUUUUGAUGAAGCUGCUAUGGAGCUCAGAGUGUUGUUCCUUUCUUUAACUUAAACGUAAACAAGUUUUGGUAGGACUUUUUUUUCUGAUUCCAAACCUUUGCACCAGCAGAACAAUUUUUAGAGUCUUUAUGUAUUUUUGACCAGGAGACCCUUAAUGGACUUUUUGAUUGUCUUUUGCAAAAAUCGAAAAUCAUGAUACAAAGAUUAAAAUAUUAUUUGAUAAUCACAGGUAACGUAUAUGGAAGUAUAUGUAGAAGAAUGUGUUCUUGUCACUGGGCUACUAUAUGUUAAUUGAGUAUUUUGUCUUUUACAGAGCAAUGAGACUUUGGUAAGACCUUCUGCUUUUAAACCUGUAGUUCCAAAAAACUUUCACUCCAUGCAAAAUCUGUGUCCACCCCUGAACAAUUCAGCAACUGAUAACAGAAAAAGUUCUAACCACGGAAACAGCAACAGUGCAGCUGCAAUGAAAAGUGGACACGAGAAGAGUAGCCACAAUCGGUCAUCCAACCAAGUAGGGGGUCUGUCAGAUUCUGGUAGAAAUUCACUAACAAGUUUACCAACUUAUGGGACUGGCUACAGCCAACAUGUUGGCCCAAUGAGUGCGUCAACAAGCCAUAUAAAUCGUAUUGGGACUAACUAUGUUGAAAAGAAUAUAGUGGGUUAUAAUGGCAUAUCUACCUCAGAUAGUGGACGAUCUUCCAGUAAAAGCACUUCCUCUUUCAGCAGAAUAAAUCAUCUCAAUGAAACAUUGCCUUUUCACUCGCCUUCAAGCGAUGACAUUAUUCAAGACUUGGAAGAUCGACUGUGGGAGAAGGAACAGGAAGUCAUUCAGAUGAAGAGGAACUUGGACAAAAGUGAGGCGGCCAUUUUCCAAGUCUUCGAGGAGAAGCAGAAAAUUUGGGAACGUGAAAUGGAGGACUUGAGACAGAAUUAUGCCAACAAACUUCAACAGGUCUCGAAGAAAGCACAAAGGGCCCAGCAAGCUUUACAGUUGCAGGUAUUUAAACUUCAACAGGAAAAGAAAAAAUUUCAAGAAGAUGUUGCACAGCUCCUUCAACAAAGGGAGGACAUGGAGAAGAAGUGCAUGGUUUUCAAGAAAGAACAGUCUGAAUUCCUCCCUAAGAUAGAAGAAACACAGUGGGAGGUGAGAAACACAACUACAUGUAAUUUACAACUAGUUAAAGAGAUACUAUUGUGUUAUGAAGACAAAGUUGUAUUCCUUACACUACAGUUACCUCUGGCCUCGCAGCUCUCUUGAUUGAGAUCUAGGCUUUGUGGUGUCUUCUACAUACCUUAGGUCAAACUAGAAAUGGGAUCUGUAGAGAUGCAAUUGUGACAUAGUCUCUCCUUGAUUUAUUAAGUAUUUAGAGGUAUUACUGGGAAAGAUUGGCACAUUUACUAUAACCUAUCCCUGACUAGUGCUUCUCUAGAAUUUUAUACUCAUAUUGUUUUGAUAGCUCCAUGAUCUUUUCGUGAAGCCAUUUGUUUAGAUCAGGGGUGCCCAAAAGGUAGAUCCCCAGAUGUUGUAGAAGUACAAAUUCCAUAAUGCUUUGCAUAUCUUUAGAAUGCCAAUGACAAAGGAAAACACAGAAGCUGUAGUUUUAAAACAUCUGGGGAUCUACCUUUUGGGCACCCCUGGUCUAAACAAAUAGCUUCAAGAAAAGAUCAUGGAGCCAUCAAAACAAUAUCAACAGUGUGUAACUGUAAGCCUUUGUCUGUGAUUUUUCGCACAUGGCGCCUAACGGCCUAAGGCUAGCCCUGGCUGUAUCUAUCCCAAAAUGACCACAUGGACAUCCCCAGUGCUCCCUUCUGUCAUGGAGGAAGCAGUUUAUGGACCCCUGAGGCGGGCGGCUGUGAGAACCUCAGAGGCGGCGAGGGAACUGUAAUCCUCCUGCUCUGCUCACUUGCACACGCCAUCUACUGAUCGCAGGAGCCGGAAUAUGACGUCCUAUUACGUCUCCCUGCAUCAGUAGACGGAGUGCGAGGGAGCAGAGCAGGAGGAUUACAGCUCCCUCACUGCCUCUGAUGUGCCUACAGCUGCCUGCCUCACAGCUGCCCCAGUGGACCCCAAGGACAGAUCCACUCCAGUUCUCCCAAAAGUAGGCUGGGUGGACAAAUUAAAAUAAUAAUAUUAAUAAUUUGUGAAGGUGUGUGAGAGAAUGUGUGUGUAUGUCUGUUAGUUCAUGGGUGUGUGUGUCUGUUAGUGAAUGUGUGUGUGUGUGUGUCUGUCAGUGAGUGUGUGUGUAUUUGUCUGUCAGUUAAUUUGUAUGUCUGUGAGUGUCUUUCACAUCAGUGGGAGUCUGUGUUCGUCAUUGAGUGUUUGUGUGCCUGUCAGUGAAUGUGUGUGUGUCAGUGAGUGUAUCUGUAUCUGUUAGUUAAUGUAUGUUUGUCAAAUCAGUGAGAGUCUGUGUCUGUCAUUGACGUGUGUGUGUUUGUCAUUGGAUGUGUGUGUGAUGGUCAGUGUGUAUCUGCUAGUAGGUGUGUGUCUGUCAGUGAGUGUGUCAGUGAAUGUGUGUGUGUGUGUCUGUCAGUGAGUGUGUGCAGGGCCGCCAUCAGGGGGUGACAACCAUGAUAGUUGGCACAGGCCCGGCGGUCCUGGAGGGCUCGGACUGCUUUGGCAGUGUGUGUACAAAACACACUCUGCAUACACUAGUACCAUACACACUCUUUAUUCAUUAUAUGCAGACACUGCAUCUAAUACACACACUACAUCCACUACACAAACACAGACACUGCAUCCACUACACACUGCAUCUAAUACACACACUACACAAACACACAUUACAUCCACUACACAAACACAUACUACAUCCACUACACAAACACACUCUGUAUUCCCUAUACACACACUACAUACACUACACAAACACACACACUGCAUACGCUGCACAUACUGCAUCUAAUACACACAAACACUACACCCAUUACACAAUGUAAAUCUGUUACCACUAUACACACUGCAUUCAUUAUACAAGUACUCUGCAUCCAUUACACACAUUCUAAUUCCACAUCCACUACACACACACCACAUUCAAGUUGUCUGAGGGCAUGUUGUCUGUCAGACUGCCUAUCUACACUACUAUCCCCACACUCUGCCCCCCAUACUGUCACCUUCCUACACACUGCAUUCCCACACUGUCACCUUCCUAGACACUGCCCCCCCAUACUGUCACCUUUCUACACAUUGCCCCUACAAUGUCACCUUCCUACACACUGCCCCGCUAUACUGUCACCCUCCUACACACAGCUCCCCUAUACUGUCACCUUCCUACACACUGUCCCCCCCUUACAGCCCACAGGUAAGAGGCAGAGAGGGGGGAUAAGCUCAAUUUAAUUUAAACGGCUCCUCCCCCAACACUUAUCCAACACUGCAUGCACUACACAGACACUACUACGGACACCGCAUCCACUAGACACACUGCAUCCACCACAAAAAACACUAGAUAUACUACACACACUGCAUUCACUACACAAACACAGACACUGCAUCCACUACACACACACACACAUACACACACUGCAUACAGUGUGUAUACACUACAUCAUCCAUGACAUGGAAGAAGGGGGAAGAAAAGACAUAAAAGGGAAGGGAACAGACACAUAGAUGGAAUGGGAUGGGGGGACAGAAAAGACAUGGAUUCUUCAAUCCAUGGGGUAGAUGUGAACUGAACAGACAGUGAUGCUACAUCUAAUGUGUGACACAUUACCUACCUGGCUGAGACUGCACUUUGCCGAGGGAUUAAGGGAGUGUGUGUGUGAAUACAUUGCAAAACACAAAUACACAUACAAGUCAAGCCAUAAGACUUGCUUUUUGCCACAGAAAUCUCACUUUAACAGUGCUCUCACUACUGCAAGGGAUUCUGAGUAGGAGUAUGGAAAUUAGCUCAACAAAGAACAACAAUUUUGCCUCAUAAUUCCACUUUAUACAUGGAAUCCUUGUUCUCUUUGUUGAGCUUAUUUGCAUAUGCCUACCUAGAAUCCCUUGCAGUAGUACUUACUUCAGGUGGAAAGGGUUUUCAUCCACACUUUUUUCCCCACCACAGCACUCACACACUCAUACUCUCACUCUCUCUCUCUUUUACUUACUUUAUAACCACCCCCCUACCUUUGUCCCUGGCCCCCCACGUGCCCCCCCCAACUAUGAAUCCUGGAGAUGCCACUGACUUUGAAGGUUAUUGGUUGCACACACAUUUAUUUAUGACUUCAUAUUAAUGAAGGUAAAUGUUUAUGGAACAAACAAAUUUUAAUUAUUUUUCAUUUUUUAAUUUUAAUUUAAGGUUGUAAAACUAGGAAAUGUGGAAAUGUCCAUGGGGGUUGAAUACUUAUGCAAGGAACUGUAAUGAGUAAUAUAUCAAAGCUUAGGAACAUAGAAUUAUUGAGUGGCAGGCCAAAAUAUAUUCACUUAUCUACUCCUUCCUAUACUUGUAUAAAAAAACAAAACUAUAGCUUUAUAUAACUACAUUUUUUUUAUUCAACACUAGGGCUAGAUUUCCAUGCAGGAGUUAUAAAUAUAAAAUAUGGUCCUUGCUUAAUCCCACAAACUAAAUCAUAUCAAACUAGUUCUAUCACUUGAGAUCUUCUUUACAAAAUCAAUUCAAAACCAUGUUCCGAAAAGAUUAUUAUUUACUUUUAAACAGGCCAUAUGAGGUUAGCUGUAAUUAGGAGUUGUGACUAUCUCUUACUCGCUUGCAGUUAUGCUGCUGUGAGCAUGUCAUACAAGCAUUUAAUCAGAUCAAUAAAUAAAGGAAAAAAGACAGCGCCAGACAACCUGUAAGGCAGCAACCCAACAAGGGAAUCCCCCCAAAACCCUAAAAUACAGGAUAAAAGCAAAAUAUAAAAGGAGGGCUGCGCCAGAAUAAACAGUGUCCAGUAUCAAUAGUUAUUGAAGAUUUUUAUGUAAUUUUAACACCAUGGGACUUGUCUCCCCACAAGUAACCCUAUCCUUUGGUUUUUUUUUGUUGUUUUUUUUUUUGUUUUUUUUUGUUUUUUUAGUUCUCUUUUUCUAGCUUCCGUUUUUAGAUCGCCUUAUGGGGAACUACAAUACCCAUAAGGCCGUGCGACUAUACUGCCGAAAACCGGAAGUGAUGAUUAUCACAUGACCAAUUGUGUUUUUAAUUUUAUAAUCCUUCUCAUCUUCGUUUUUAAUAAAAAACCACUGAAUAUGCCUCAUUAACCUAUUUACUAUCUGAGAAAAUUUAAUAACGCGUUUCGUCUAACAGACUUUAUCAAAUGGAAUAUAAUACAAAACCUGGCAGAUAGUGUUUAUAUCAAAUAAACUAUGUCUAUAUAAACACUAUCUGCCAGGUUUUGUAUUAUAUUCCAUUUGAUAAAGUCUGUUAGACGAAACGCGUUAUGGAAAUUUAAUUUUGUAUAAUAAAUAUUAAAGUUUUUGGUUAACUGAUAGUCCCAACUACUUUUAUUUAUACAUGUACCCUGGCUAUUUAUCGUUUUAGUUCAUUGUUAUAUUUUAUAUACACUCUAUUCCGAUUUUAAUACUAUCUCUACAAGUUCCUGACAACCAAAGAAAUCCAUAGGUGGGGAUUAUUCCACCAGCGCUGACAUCAAAGAGCAGUUGGUCUGCUCUGUACUUGUAAGUACGUUUUUUUUAUUCUCUUUUAUAAUAUACAGUUAUACAGAGAGCACUAUUUGGCUGUUUCUGUUUCCUUUGAGUUUUGGAUACCCUGACGAACCCAUCAUAAAUCCCAUAAGCGGGGAUUAUACCGCUGUGUGCGCUUUACCCUAGAGCUGGACAGAAGCUCUGGAAAUUGUGAGUUCGUUAUCAUUAAUCAAUUUUUACUUCAUUUGAACCGUACAUUCUGCACCAUCGUUUGUUCUCUCCUUUUAUCUUUUAUAUAUUACCUGAAGAUCGCGUUCCUGUACCUAAAGACGACAGAGAGGAUACCUUUUUAGGUCGGACUUUUUAUCUUCAAUAACUAUUGAUACUGGACACUGUUUAUUCUGGCGCAGCCCUCCUUUUAUAUUUUGAUUUAAUCAGAUCAGUUGAGGGAAUGCAGUGUCUGAACGUGUUGAUCGUGCGCAAACUCCCCUGUUCCUGAAGGAUAGCUGUAAAUGUUAAAUGUACCAUGUAAAUAGAAACACAACAUCUGAACCGACUGAUGCUAGGUGUACAUAUUCUUUUUCUGUAUGAUGGUGCAAGUUUUGCAACUUUGAUACAUGAUAUUAUCAUGACAGAGCCAUAUUAAAGAGGAUCUGUCAUCCACAAAAUGAGAAUUAGACCCCUGGGUGUAGGAAGUGGGGAGGCUGGUGGGGGGGAGGGAAGGAGGAAAAAAAAAACAAGCAUCUAGUGCGUUGGAACACGGGGUAAGAUGCCACCAGUUACAUAGGUGCCAACAGUCCCAAAUUUAUUAAGAAAAUCCAGCAUUUUUUGGGACAGUCCCAACAAAAUUCGGUCCUGGGGAGUGUCCCGCAUUUUGUAUUCUUCUAGCAGGUUUCUAAAUGCAGGAUGCUUCAUUGUAUCAUUUUGCAAAGAGAAAACUGCAUGGUUUUACAUAUGUUCACUAAGGGGCAUAUAUUAGUUAUGAGAGAGAGGCUGUCCCCAUCCAGAUCACAGAAUUAGUUCACAGAACUAUACGGCAGGUUGUAAUAAAAGUCAAUGAUGUGAGAGGAACCCUUUGAGGUACAGAAGAGGGAAACCUGUGGAACACAGACCACAUAUCAGACCUGUAAGGUGAUUAUAAGUUGACUAUAAGAUGUAGCCAAGGUGAUUGACACUGCGAGAUGCAGCCUCUUCCCUGAUGGCGGAGCUUCAAUUGCCAUUUAAAGUGCAAAUCACUAUGACCAUUCUUUGGCAAGUCUCCCCUAUACUCUCCAGCAGAUAUCGAACAGUAUCUAAAGGCUGGCAAAGCAUUAUGACAAUUACUGUUCUUCAACACAUGGUAAUCUAUCGUUUGCCCAGUCUGCUCUAUCCAAUCUCUAAUCUAGUAAACCAUCAGUGUUCUAUAUAUGUUUCUCUGGUCUGAACUAUGACUGUUGAUGGUCAAUGGUUUAGUCUAAAAUUUAGACUAAACCAUUGACCAUCAACAGUCAGAGUUCAGACCAAAGAAACAUAUAUAGACUCUAAAUCAUGUAAAUCAUUAGGUAUAAACAUGUUGGAGGGUGGUUCUAGAUUAUGCUGGGUAGUGAACAAAUUUUGUAUUAAAUCAUUUUUUUAUCAUUUGCUUUUCACCACCACAGGUAUGCCAGAAAUCUGGUGAAAUAUCCCUACUGAAGCAACAGCUUAAGGACUCCCAAUCAGAUGUCUCUCAAAAACUAAAUGAGAUAGUAGGACUGAGAACUCAACUUAAGGAAGCUAAGGCUUUCCUGAGGGAAAAGGAGGAACAGAUUGCUUCCAUCAAGGAUUCUUAUAGCUCAAAGAGUGUCAGCCUGGAGAUCUGCGAGAAUGAGAUGCAGAGGAAGCAAAGUGAAGCCCAACAAAUGAAGGAAAAGUUAAGUCAAUGUGAACAGGAAAUCGCUAGUUUGAAGGAAGCCCUCUCAAACUUUGGUCAAAACCCAUAUAACACAGAAAUGAACGAGAAGCUCACUCUUGCGUGUGAGAGUGAUGAGGCAAAGAUGAAACGUCAAAAUGAAGAUUGCGUAAUUUCCAUGAAAAGGGAUAUAGAAAGUCUUCAGGUGGAAUUGUCGUUAGAGAGACAGCAAAGGGAUCAUCAGGUGGUAGAGUUUGAAGAUGAGAGGCGUACUUGGCAAGAAGAAAAAGAGAAAGUGAUUAAGUAUCAGAAACAGCUACAACUCAACUAUGUGGAGAUGUAUCAGAAAAAUCAACAGCUGGAGCAAAAGAUCAAUGAAAUAACCAAUAAAGUCACUACACCACCAGCUGAAGAUAAAAAACCCUGGACACCUUCAAGGUUAGAGAGAAUAGAGUCCACAGAGAUCUAAUACAAAUGGACCUACUCUACACAGCUAGUUUCUCACUGUGCAUGUGCUACCUACUCCAGCUCAUGGUUAGCCAGAGAAGAAUCUUCAAAGGAAUCUCUUUGUACUGCAGGGUUCUGCAAUUGGCAGGCCCUUUGAGUACUCAGGAGAUGAAUGAGCUGAGGAACGAGUGCUUGCUGUAAUCCAACUGCAGUUGAAAAAUGGUAUACUGUUUGUUAUGCAGCUGAUAAUGCUCUCUGUCUGUUCUCCCUUCUCAAUGCACCUUUCUCUACCUACCAGGAGAACAGCACAUUGCAUAGGGCAGUGUACUGCCGGUGCCCUGUACUGGUAGUCUUUAUGGUGCCAAUGCACUACCGGUGCUCUAAACAUCCGGUAAUGGCAGUAACCUCUACUGCUGGUGCCUUGUAUUGCCAGUACUGCCAAUGUCCUGUACUGCUGAUGGCUGGUGCUGCCAGUGCCUGUACUGUCAGUACUUGCAGUGCCCUGUGAUCCUUCGCCCUGAAAUUGGGGUACAACCCUGUGCAUUUUAUGAAUACAUGUCACUGCUGGUACUGCCAUGUACGCUUAGCACUCUCAUUGCCCUUCCCUACUGGUACUGCCAGUCUCCUGUACUAACAGUACAUAUGGUGCCCUGUCCCGCUGGUACUGCCCUGUGCGAUUGGCAUUCUCAGUGUCCUGUACUACCGGUAUUGUCAGUACCCUGUGCAGCUCUUUCGGGAUACAGUUAUGUGACUGUUACUGUUUUAUUUUGUUUUGGGGGUGGUAGGGGUGAACUUAUGGAAAAAGGUCAAAGUGACUUGGAUCCUGGGUUAUUUUAGCCAUAUUGGCUAGCGGAGGGAAGCUCUGAUGUGAUAUGAAAUCUAGCACACUCUGAAGAAUUCUAAUCACUGUUUACUGUGAAUACAACUGAUGCAGUAGAACAUAUAGAAAUCUCUAUAUUCAUGUGAAAGCUCUCUACAUACAAGGUCAAGAUGACCUAUGUAUUGCUUGGUUAAUAAACACCUAUAUCUCAGUUUAUCUAGGAUCAAAAAAAAAAAUUCACUGAUGUCCCGCGGUUCAAUUUAUUCAAUUGUUAACCAAAAGGUGGUAAAAGGCAUUGUGGCUUUUUAGGAGAGGUCUUUACUCCCGUAGGAUCUGAGAUUCUAAAUGUUCUAGUUUUUAUAUCAUACCAUGAAAAUGGUUCACUAGUCUACGGAGGGACAAAAUUCCAUUAAAUAAAGUGUUUCAUUUAAAUUUGGGAGAAUUCUAAUGUAGACUUUUGACAACAGUUCUCAUUGUUUCAUGGGUUCUUGCAGGUUUCCAUGUGAAACUUAAACCCCUAUGUAGACCUUUAUAUGACUCAUCAACACAAAAUAGUAUUUCUAAGACUAUUAUUUGUGGGAGAGAUUAUAUCACCACAUGACUACUGUAGUGAGAGCUGGAGAGCUACAGUCCACAAGCUACUGUUGGUGGCUGGUCUGUAUAUUUUAAGGCCAUAUAUUUAAAGAGUUAUCCUGUCUUUUUAUGACCCUGGGAGCCACACAUAUAAAGGACAACCAUGGAUAAACGUUAUAAGUGUGGGAUAAUUAGUAGGAACAUUCCAUUGGUUUCCAUGGAGAUUCUCCCAGCGUUUUGAAAUCUUGCCCACAUUUGCUACUUGAGGCGUUUCAUGCUUGAACCUCCUUCAGUGAAUACCAAUGUAACUCCCAGUCUAUAAAAUGAAGUAUACGAGAUUGACUAGCCGAUGCCGCAUUGCAACAUGUCCUGGCAUCUGCAAUGCAUCUAUUUAAUCUGCGCAGUGAAAUGGCUCUGCUAUUGAAACUAGCCCACAGUGCACAGUGAAUAGAGGUGUGGUCGCUAGAUUUGACUUCACAAACCAUGCUGCAAUGAAUUGUGAGUGUGCUUGUUUACUAAACCAGCGUCAAAGAGAGUCCUUGAUGCUCUAAAAGCUAGCAAAAUAUAGAUAGGAAUAUUUUGUGUAAAUGUUAAUGUAUACUUUCUGGACAGUGCUGAACUGAGAGACACUCGACAAGAUGCAUGUGGCACAAGAUGUAUGGGAAGUGCUGUGUGAUAUGUGUUAUGGCUUAGGACUGUACUAUUUAUAUGCCAAACCUCAGCUGGUAUUAAACUAUAAUGGGAAGGAUGUCCAACUGCAAACACAAAAAUGGAAAUCCUUAAGUAAUCAUGGGUGAGAUGGGUUAUUCUUACUAAUCUUUUGUCAUGUCCUUAAAACUAUGGAACCCUAGGCAACUGUCUCUUUGAAAGGGAACUGCCUUCUGUGUCUUCUUGUUGUUAAAUUGACUUUGGUGUUAAAUAGUAUCCAGAUGGGUCUCAUGAUUACAGGACCACUAUAGGCACCAGACCACUUCAGCUCAAUGAAGUGGUCUGGGUGCCAGGUCCCCCAGGUUUUAACCCUGCAGCUUUAAACAUAGCCGUUUCAGAGAAACUUGCCCCGCAUGCGGAUUUGGCGCUGAUGUCGCCAAAGGGAGGAGAGUUCCCCAGCGCCGAGGGAGCCUGGCGAUGGAGAAAGGUAAGUGGCUGAAGGGGUUUUAACCCAUUCAGCCCAGCGGGAGGGGGACCCUGAGGGUGGGGGGGACCUAAUAACCCUAUAGUGCCAGGAAAACGAGUUUGUUUUCCUGGCACUAUAGUGGUCCUUUAA